AAUCGUUUCGCAUUCGAACGCUUAGGUACCGGGCCGGCACACGUCCGUUCGCACCGUCCCCGCGACGUAUCCGCACGGUAUCGUUAUUGUCGUUACGUUUUUAUUAAAAUUUGUUCGCGCCAACCAGAUAUUCGUCCGUCUCUCGCGACUUUGUUACGUUUUUAUUUUUUCCCAUAUCGCAGGGACCGAAAUAUUACCAGCACAACAACAAUAAUAGCAAUAAUAUUACCGGCAAACUUGCCUGAAAAUAUACAAUAAUAUUUUCCGAAAUAUAAUAUACCGUUGAAAUUCCCGUCGGGUUUAUUAUUAUUCACGUUUUCCGUACACACAAUUUAGUCCGCGAUAAGGUGUAUAAUAAUAAUAAUAAUAAUAAUAACAAUAAUAAUAAUAUUGUUUAUCGUUAUUAUUCCGUCGACUACGUUCGCACAAGCCAGCCCGGUUCGGUUCAGUUCAGGUAACAACAUACACAUAAUAAUAAUGAUAAUAUUAUUAAUAAUAAUUCGCGUAUUUAUUUUCGUCGCUACAACAAUAAUAAUAAUAUUAACACAAUCGCAGUAGUUAAAUAUUAAUAUUAUUGUUGUUGGAUUGCGAGCCGCCGUCCUGCGAGCGUUAGCGGCGAAAAAAAAAAAAAAGCGAUUGUCAUAACUCAUAAUAUUAUUAUAAUAUUAUUGCAGUAGGGUACGGUGCCUAGCGUAUCUGUUCGCGCGCGCGAAUGUGUGUGUGUGUGUGUGUGUGUGUGUGAAACUACGUCCACGUGGGUUCCCAUUCAACGCGUCAAUACUCUCGUUCGUUACGAUAAUUUAUAACUGCGCAGUGGCGUACCUAGGGUUCUCUUACGGGUGAUAGGGGGGCGGGCGAAAUAUAUUUUCACCGUUCUCAGAGUAGACAAUUUCUGAGAAAUUCAAAAAAUAUAACAAUGCGCGUAUAUUGUCACGUAUAAUUACGCGUAUAAUUAUACGACCCACGGGGGGGAGAGGCCCCCCCAUACAGGUACGUCGUACCUGUGACUACGGCAUUCCGGUAAUAAUGUUCUGCAGAGUCGCGUAUGUUUUUCCGUUUGUUUUUUACCGACCGGAAACCGUUUUCCGUUUUCUCGCGCCAAUGUGUUCCGAUACCGCGCGGUGACGUAUCGGCUGCGGGAUUUGACGAUUAUUUUAACGAUUUGUCGACCACAUUACAAUUGCAAUACACUGUACACUAACGACAUUGUCAAAUCCUGCAGAUACACCUUGUGCCCGUAUUAUUAUUAUGACAUAAUAUUGUACCGUUUUAGUCGUGCGGUUACGCGGUCGAUUGUCGAUACAGGCACGGAUCUAGAGAAAAGAUUUAGGGGAUGCCCGACUAGUUUUUACAACACAAAUACAAUUAAAAUAUAAAAUUAUAUUUUAUCAUGCGUAUCAGUGAUUGGAAUAUAGUAAUAUCAGGAUCUAUAGAAGUAUGAAAAAAAAAAAAAAAAUCGGAGAAAUAAAAUGUCAGGGGGGCCUAGGGACUGGGCCUCCCUGUAUCCGUCCCUGAGUCGAUAGCACAGUAUGUUACGGCGAAUCGAUCGUAUUCGGAUUCAUUUCGAUCGAUUCACGGUUACGUUUACGGUUUAAAAUUUACAAACUUCUUUCGUUUUUAUUUCCUAUUUUUUUUUUUAAGCAAUCGUUUUUUUAGAAUCGAAAUUGAAUCACUUUAAGUAUGUGAAUAUUUCCUAGGCUCAUUGGUUUAAAUGCAUGAAAAAUACGCGCGUUUGCUGGCCCCUUAAUGCAUUUUCUACCAAAAAUAAUGCUUCAACCGUCAAAACCGGAUAGGGAGGGGGGGUUUGGAAGAGUGGUCGAUGGUUUUCUGUUACAAAUUCCGUAGUGUCACAGAAGUCUUUUUUUCGAUAUUUCUUGUGGUUUUUUUUUAAAAAUUAAAGAAAAAAAAAAACUUUAACAAUGACGGUCUUUUUUAUUUCGAUUUUGUCGUACCUAAGUAAAAAACGUUCGAAAAUAAAAAAAAAGUCUUCGAGAUUCGAAACUUUCAUCGAAUAGCUCUAUCUAGACAAGGUAAAAUUUUCAAAUUAUUAUGGCCAUUUUUAAAUAAUAUUUUCAGAUAUUUUUUCAGCAGACCAAAAUGUGUUGUUUUGUAAUUUUUAUGAAACAAAAGUGAGUGUGGAUAAAAGUUUUAUGUUGUCAUCUCACAUCUUAAAACGGAAAAUAUAAUUAUUGUUAUUUAUUAAAUUACUUUUAGAUUAAAUAAAAAAAAAAAAAUUAAUUAUGGUAAGCAUUUAAGUACACAUAGCCUUUUUCGUGAAAUUUUGGUGAUAUUUUAAUGUAUUUUUGCAUGUAUACUUUCAUUAUUGUCAAUGUUUAUAAGUCCCGAAUCCUAAAUAGAACGUAGGUGCCUAUAAUAAUAUAAUCUUUACGUUAUGCAGUUGUAGGCAUUUAUGUAAUUUUAUUAUCGAAAAAAGCAUACACUGUCUGCAGUGAGCCGGGAACAUUGCAGUUACUGGCAAUCAAAAACCGAAAAAAAAAAUAAAAUAAAAAAUAAUAAUAAUACGUAUUUCAAUGCAGUUGAUGUCCGUAUAAAUAUACGCAAUGCGGCGGUUUAUCUUUUGACAAAAUUAAUAUAUUGCGCGGAUACAAUCACGAAUCGGUAUGUUAUGGUAUCAUUUUCUUAUUUACCAUCGGAUUUCGAAAGGUUCGGAUAAACGGAACCUCCGUUCCGCGCCGUAAAAUGUUUUACGUUCAAAUAAACGCAAUGCUAUAUUCGCUGCGAAACGUCCCCGCCCUCUCACGUUCGCGCGGGAUCCGUUUGUCCGGACUGAUUUGUUUGUUGUUUGCACCUGCAGUAUAAUAACGUUCGGUCGUGUUUAUCCGGCCGUUAUAUUAUUGUUAAGCGGGUACAUUUACGAGAUAUUUUCGUUUGUGAAAUCCGAAAAAAAAAAAACAAAACAAAACAAAAGAAAAAAAAAAAUCGAUCGUUUCUACGGCGGCGUAGGUCUAAAUAAACACAAGAACGCCAGCCAGACGUACGCUGCCCUUUUGCGCGUACGAACCUACAGACAUAGAAAGAAAAAAGAAACACGACUACUCGGCAACAAUAAACAGCUUUGCGAGUUUCUAUAUUCUUACGUGCGUAUAAAACGGGUUUCGUUUUUUUUUUUUUUUGCCUUUUGCUUGGCACUGACCGUAGGUUAGAGGUACGUUACCUACAACAUUGUGUGUGUGUAUGCGGUACUCGACAAUACGGCCGCAGCAGACGGGCGACGGCAGUCGUCGAAUUUUACCACAAUAAUGCGCGCGUUCUGUAUGCACGGCAUGGCAUGGCUUGCUAAAAUCUCCGAUCCGGGGUUCGCGUGUGAGCGAACAAGGAAGCCGACCAACCCCUUCGCCAAUCGUUCAGGGCACGACGACGACCCUAAAUUAAUAUUCGACGCUAACGCAAUUUUCCGUCUCCCUCUUCAUUAUUACCGCAGCAGCUGUCUCGCUGCACGACUUUGCCCGGUGUCGGUAUUGAAUGACAAAAAAAAAAAAAAUAAAAAAAUUUAUACAAAUCGAAAAACGCGUUUCCCCGCCACUCCGUUUCCACCCACCCUCCCGUACCUUUCACUGGUGUAGGCUUGAGGAAACGUUAUAACCGCGCGACAUAGCGAAUUUUCGUUCAGCACUGACAACCCUCCUGUACUGUUGGUUUUAACGUCGCAGUAAAAUGACAUAUUAUCAAACUUAAAUAUAAUAACUACGUACAUUAUCUAUGUCGUGCAGUCGUGUUAUUUUUUUUCGUAAUUUCAAUUUGUAAUCGAGAUACGAGUGAUCACGACUUAAAAAUCCUUAAAAAUUAAAAUAACGGCGCGUCACAAGUAAUGUUCUUAUAUUAAAGUUCGAUAAUAGGUCAAUUCGCUCUAAUAUAAAACUAACAGCGCUGAGUUUGUCCUUGUUGAACGAAAAUUUCCCUUGUCACGUGUUUGUAAGACGGUGACAAACACGUGCGGACAUAACGUACUCCUAUCGUUGGUAUCCGUUCAUUUUUUUUUUCCUUGAACAUGUAUUUUCUCACACUCGCGAUAUCCAAAUUAACGGUACAAACGGAUUUUUUUGUCCGUGCCCGUGGGUAACCCAUACAAAAACAACAUGAACAACCAAAAAAAAAAAAAAAAACAAAUCCAAUUUUCCUUCCAAAAAUACCGAAAACACAGCGUCAGUCGCGGGCUGGAAUUUUUAAAAAUUUUCUCGUAGCGAUCAUCGCUUUCGUAUAAUAAUAUUGUAUAAAGAACUUCUUUUCGAAAUUUCGAGUUUCUUGGCUCAAUGGUUCGGGCUGCGCGCAAGGCGGUAAAAUAACAGAAAAAAAAAAUAAUGACGCAACGAUAGAUUUCGAUGCCGUCACGUGAUUCUAUAUAAUACGCGGUCUGACAAUGAUUUGACGCCCAACCUAUAUAAUUUUACAAUUCAUUUUUCGUAUUAUCGUUUCCGUCCAUAAUCGUCGUCGUCACUUUUAUUAUUAUUAUUAUUAUUAUGUUAUUAAGAGGACGUCAUAUACCCGCAUAUUAUGUGUCGUCUCCGUCUUAUCAAUAACGCACGACGUAUAGCAAAUUUCCGUUUAACAGAACCAAUAUUUUGAGCUGUUAUAGAAUAUUUAAUAGAGUAGGUACCUAGUCAAUUGACCUAUUAUCAAACAUUUUUAAACUGUGAUGUAUCACGCCACGUCGUCGACUAUCAAUCAAAACCUUGAGCUCUUUUUUUUAAACCUAUUUUUCCCCCUUACCUAAUCAUUCUCGUAGGAUUUGUGUUCCCAAUAUCGAGUUUAUCGCGUAUCGUGUAAAAUUUGUCAAAAUUGACGUUCAAGGUUUUUGCUGGGUUAGCCGACGAUAUAUUAUAGUCAUAUUAUUUCACUUGGAAAUUGAAAUAUCGACUUAGUUGCACGGAGAUAAUGUUCCUAUCUUCAAGUUUGAUGAUAGAUAAAUUAUUCACUCUAAUAUUAAAACUAACAACACAGACAGUUGUCUUGCUGAACGCAAAUUUGCUAUGUCACGUUGACAAGACGGAAACACCACAUGCGGGUAUAGGAUAUGCUCUUGAGGGGCCUCUACGCGCCGGUGAUAUAUGAUUGUGUACGUUUGUCCCUUUUGAUAGCCCGAUUGCGUACAAAAAUGAGUGAAACGUCGCCAACAUGCACUACUCAGUAUAUUUACUGUAUGUAUGAAAUUGUUAUGUGAAUGUAUAACAUACGAAUACCUAGUGGCUAUAGUGAAUAUAGUAAAUUAACUGUUAAGUAAAAAUUAUGCGUGAAUUAAUAAACAAUUAUUUUUAGUUAUAUUUUAUCAGGUACUAUUGAAAUAAAACCAAUAUUAGUAAAUUAAAAACUAUUAUAAAUUAAUAAAUUAAUAGAUUAUAAUGCAAAACCUCGCGAACGAUUACCAGUCCCUGUAGAAAAAAAAAAUAUAACACAUUAUCAUCUAUUUUAAAUUGAGCGAAUAGGUUAAUUAUAAUAUAUUACGUUAUUACAUUAUAAUAUAUUACAUGUGGUUAUUUUUUGGAUAAUUUCAGUGUUGGAAUAGUAGUCGUGAAAAUAAUGUCACUAUUAAGUUUAUCAAACUAUAGGCACUUUAAAGGUUAGUUAAUCAAAGGUUUUUUCUAAAAUAAGCUAAUUUACACAUUUUUCACAAAUUUCACGCUUGUGAACGGCAACGUUGUAUUAAAUUUGGGUAAGUAGAACGUACGCAAUCGUAUUAGUGAAAAAGGUCUGUACACAUCGUAUGCAAUCGUAACGCACCCCUACGCGUGUAUUUUUGCUCAAUAACCCGUUUUAUAGGAAAAAAACUCUCGUGUCUCUCGUAGUGUGAACUCAUUUCGGUCAUAUUUUCUUGUUGGAAAGAGAAAGACUCUUACAAGGCGAAUUGAACUUGAAUUUUAAAAAUUAUGUUUCUAAAGUUGUAAAUUGAGCUAUAAUAUAACUGCUUAUUUUAAUUGUAUUUUUUGUGGUUUGCGGUUACAUAAUCAAUAAUCAAAGUGCAAUGCGCACUGAAGUUUUCCUCUUUUUUUUUUAAAAAAAAAAAGGUUCUAAAUCUGAUCGCUUUGAAGCAUGAUAAUUUUUUCUGUAAAACAUGUUUUGUGCGAAAAAAAAAACGGAUCGUACACAGGCCACUUAAUAUACAAAUCAAAGCGGUUUUAAUAUCGAUUGUUCAGAACUGUUGUUAAAACUAUUAGUUUUAAAUGUUAAUUAUUUGUACGAAAAAAAAAAAUCACAAGCAGGACCCUUAAGUGCGCGAUAUUUGUCUCUUCGAAUUCGUUAUUUGUUCUUCGUACAGUCCGUAAACACACUCCUAUAAAAUAAGGCUUGCGCUAUUAUUGUUAUUGCCUUACGAUAGUUGUUUGCGUCUCGAGUCGGUCUCUAUACCGACCGUUUACCUACAUUAUAUACAUUUCGAAUGACGUGUAAAAUCGAAAAUGGUCCGAUGAUGAUGUAGGACGUACCCAUACCGAUAACGGCCGUGUAUAACGAAUAACAAAAUAGACGUUAUCGGUUUAAUGAAUUACGAUUACGAUGUUACCGCAAUAUGUUAAAUAUAUUAUUUUGUAUUUCUUAGAAUAUGAUGCAUUUGUAAAAUAUAAAUGUUUGCGAAUUGCCUUUUUACACGAAUAAAAUGCUAUUCGGCAUUUUGUAAUAUUGGAUGAUAGGUAUUAAUAUGAUAAUAUUAUUACGCGAGACUGCAAGAGCAGAGUGUAAGGUGUCUUUUCUGGAGAAUUGUUAUUAGUCUCGCGGCGUUUAAAUCCUUUCACUUAUAAUCGUUAUGAAAUUAUGCGCGGUUUUUCAGUUUUCCGUAACGCUUUAGAAGUUUAAAGCUGUAAAUCGAAGAAAAAAAAAUAAAAACCUCACGAUAUAAUAUCAAUUUAAAUGUUAUGAUUUCAUUAGGAAUGUAUCAAAACAAAAAUGAAUUUAUAAACCGCGAGAAAAUGUAAAAUAUUAUUACUACCUACACAUAUUAUAAUAUGGAACGCGAUUUAAGUGUGAUGUUAUGUAAUAGGUGUCGGUUGUUCAUAAAAUAUAGGCGCAUAUAUAUGUACAAAUUUUCUAUGAUAAUUGUGUCUAAAAUAUUUGUUGUUGAACAUUAUAUAUAUACACAACUAUAGUUUCGUGAAAAGGAAAACGUGUUUUAUUACCGUGACCUCAGUGGCGUUUUCAUUGUGACAUUAUAUUGAUUAGGGAUUCCAAGGCGUUAACAAUUGUUUGGUUCGUACAAUUAUCGUCGUCAGACUAGCACGGAUUUGUUUAACGAUGUAUAGGUACGAAUUUAAACGAAAACUCAGAUUUUCGCGUUCUGUGUAUUAUUUUACUGUCGAUAUAUAGUACAUUGACUCGAAACAUUUGAUUAGAAAGUCCCGUUUAUAAAUGGUGCGCAUAGAGUCGUGAUUUUUGUUCGGAUCCUCUGCAAUUCACCGAGUAAAAACGCGUCUCGGGGGUAUCAAAUCGCGACGUUUAUAAUAUUUUGUUUUGUCGACCACGGUCCACGGGCAGCGACCGCACAUUGAUAGUGUGAAUAUAUUAUUCUAUUUUCAAUCGAAAUGCGUUGGAUUUGCCGUGUUUGAUGACGAUUCCCUGUGUAGAUCAUAUACAUUUUUGGAAUUAAUCCAAAAUGUGGUCAAAAAUAGAAAUUUUUUUUAUUGUUAUUAUUAUUUGUAGUUAUUGAUAUUUAGAUAACAAAGUGUUUUUACAGAAGUCAGAAUAAGUCUGUCUGGCUUAGUUUUAGAGUUAUAAGCGGUCAAACGUGACGAAAUCGGGUCUCUAAUUUCAUCUAUAAUAUGCUUUUCAUUUUUCCUUGUUACUCGCCCGACGUAAUUUUGCACAACAAAUGGAGGGUAGACGGGUAUUUUCGAUUAAAAUUAUCCGAUUGUGCGCAGCAAAAUAUGGCGCGUUGGAACGUCUGUAACUCUAAAACUAAGCUAAUUAAUAAAUUAUCUUAAUUUAGACGUAUUAAUUGUAUAUACAUUAUUAUUAGCCGUAGGUACGCCUUUGAAGUUUACACCACGAUUACCACGAAUGUAAAACACAAUACAAUAAUUUGUGGUUUAGACACAUUGAUACCUACACUAAUUUUAAAUGUAUUAAAAUUUAACAACGUAUUUGUUAAUCAGAUUAUCUUCUUGUCUAUUAUUAUUUUAUUCAUAUUGUAGUACUUCAUUACUUCUAGUAUAUUGUAUGCACGUAGGUAUAUGAUAAAUUUAAAUACCCACCCACUUCUUUAGACCCGCUUCACCAUGCCACUGAUAUACAUAAUAAUAUGAUAUUAAUAUUAAUCUCCCACUGACGCGAACUACGACGUAAUUGUAAUUGGCUCCAAUAGCGCAUUGCUCAGCGUUUACGUUUUGUUCUUUUUAAAAAAAACGAUGUGUUUUCAUUUUUAAAACGUUAUGAAACUAUAAAAUCACACUGUCGAGAUGAUGAUGACAAUAAUAAUAUUAAUAAGGAAUAGCUAAUAGUGUUGAUGGGCUUUCCGCUAUUAUUGGUGGGUAGUUAGGGGAAGAUAGGAAACAUACAGUGAUUUUGUUUUAUUUUAAAUAAUUUAUAUCUGUACGCGACGAUAAUCAUCGCUAACGAAAUCCGAUCCUGAGUGACGUUAAACAUGUUUUUAAAUACCGGUGUUUAUUACGAUUAAAAUUGCAAAUGAAAAAAUAUAGUAAUUGCCGAAUAGAUAAAAAUUUGUUUUCAGAAAAGAUACAAAUACUUGAAAAUCGUAUAGUAAGGUUUUUAGUAAAAAAGUUGUGACACAACGAAAAAAAAAAACACUAGUUAAAUCAAUAUGUUCUUCCUCGCCGCGCUCAGAAUCUACCUCCAUUACUUUUUCCAGUCUUGUUUUUUUUUCUCUUAUGCAUUUUUAAAAUUAUUUUCGUUCUAUAUUGUUUUAGCGCUUGUAUACAGCUGACAGUAGGCUGGCCCCGAAAAGGCCGUUUUUCUUUCUAAAUUUUCCUAAGAGGUCUCUGGACUCCUGGUUACCGAAAUGACGAUUGGUUUCUUCCCGGUAAUACCGUUGUUAUACCACGGUAGACCGAAAAUACCGGUGGUCGGUAACCUACAGCCGCCGAUAAUAACGCGCGUAUACCGGUAUCGAUAUUCGAAACGAUUUUAUCACUCGUCUACUGUAUACUCAUAUUGCUGCGGGUGUUGUAUACUUGACGGCGAUUUUUUUUUUUUUUUUUUUUUUUUUUUUUUUAUUAUGGUUUCUCUAUUUUGUCCAACAUGACGUGCGUGCAUCAACGGGACACAUUACAUAGCUGUUUGUUUCACAUAAAUAUUAUGUCAACUCUCUCGUCGUCCCCCUAUUAUCGUAAACAAACAUUAAACACACUCGCGUUGACCUUUAUCCCACUAUAUUUCCAUGCACACACGCGCGGACCCGCGGCGGUUGCGCUUCAUAAUAUUACUAUUUUAUAUAAAAUCGCGGACAAUAUUAUUACGAAAACGCCGUACUUUUGUGGCUAACGCCGGUAAUGUAGAUAACGCGUGUAUGCACGUAUGUAUAUUUCUUUUUGUUUGCAAUUCACACGGUACGCGCUUGUCGAAUAAUAUGUCACCGUCCGUGUACGUUCAACGUGUUAUAGACGCGCGGCGACCUUCCCGCAUUGGACUAGGCGCCCGAGCGUUACAUCCGAUUGUCGCGGACGCGCAAUGUUAUUAUGACUUUAUGUCUCGCGUGUAGUAGGCAUACUUUUAAGAAGCCGCCGGCCGACCAAUCAAUACAGAUGUACGCGACGUUAUGCGCGUCAAUUGCCGUUUUUUCUCUUUCUCCGUUUCUUCGAAAAUGAAACGCACCGAGAAAUAAUUCGACAAAAAACGACCGGUACUGACGACGGAUGUGCUACCGAUGUUCCGGAGGGUAACUCGAAGGACCGGGACAUAAUAAUACAGCGGCAAUCUAAUUCGUAUCAUUUGUGCACAACGCCGCUAAACCAUUGCUAACGAAAAACGAUUUUGCACAGAGUGUUACUAUAGAUAUAGUCAUGUUAUUCCCUUGUUGCCGAUUUGCCAAUUUUUCUCGUGCAUUGAGAAAACCACCUUCUCAAUACGCUAAUAAGAUCAAAAAUGCUGUAAGAAAGUUUCGUAAAAGUUUUUGAUUGGAAUAAGAUUUUUGGUGGAAUGAAUGUUCAUCCAGGCAAACAAAACGCACAUCAUGUAUAGCUUCGCUAUGAAUCUUAUAUUAUUACUCAUUUAUCAAUUUAUACGCCUGUUAACUGUUCUUGACCAUUUUGUAUCUGAUGUACAGCAUUAUAUAUUUUGGAAAUUUGCAUGUGCCCAUUGCCAGUUCCGGGCAAGAACUGUACAAUAAACUUUUCAGGAGCUUUCAUUAUAGGAACUAUUUAUUGCACAGUAUAAAGCAAAAUCGAAUAUUUUAUUAUUUCAAAUUUGUUUUAUGUUAUUUUCGCUUAUCGCCUAAUAUAUGAGCUACACGCUCACUCCCGGUUGAAAAUUUUGUAUGACUGUAGGAUAAAUGCCGUAUCACGAACAAAAUCGUUUGGAGUCAAUAUUAUAUUUUCGUUUUUCUAAUCGAUAAACGCUGAGCAUUCUGAAAUGUGAAACUUUAGGUUGUCAAUAAAAUAUUUUUCAAUAUUUGGCGAUUUUUCUCAAAAUAUAUAUGACAUUUAAAAUAAAAUAACACGUAUAAUUUAUGUUAAAUCUUGAAAAUUGAUGUUCGUGUAUUGAGUUUUUUUGUGGGGGUUAAUAUUUUAUAUUUUAACGGUUUUAUUCAAAUUUAUUGUAUAUAUAUAUGGUAGUUAAUCUCUAGUUUACUCGAUCAUACACAUUUUGUAACAACUCUUUUUCUGUUUUAUUUAUUUAAAAAAAAGUCAUGUUUAAGUAAUUUGUAUUUAAAUAAGUCAAUAAUUUAAUUUACUGCAAUACUUUCUGUGUAUUAACAUUAAAAAUAAUUCUAUUUUAUUCCUACGCGAUGGAUUUAUAAAAUAUUCUUGCAAAAUUUGUAGCCUACGCAAUUUUAUUCGUAUUAAUCGUAGGUACGCCCAAAAUUAUUUUUAUAAAAUAUAAAUUUAAAAAAAAAUUGCAUAUUAUUAUUAUAGUUACUGUUUUACUAUAGUAUUAUAGUCAUAUAAUAUUAUGCACCGUGGCAUGCCUAGACAUUUUCAAUAGUAGGAUAAUAAUGUGUAGCAUAAAUUUAUCAUAAAUAAGUCUUAAAAUCUAAUGUUUAAAUCAAUAAAUCAAGCUUUUCGUUCUAACUUCGCUGAAAUAUUGCAUACAUUUCAAGGUUUUGUUAUUGUGUAAAACGCCAAUGGGAGGGGGGUGGCCCAUUAUUAUGACCCGCUAUUGAUCGUGUCUGAUUUAUAAUUUCGGAUUUUUAUUCGAUGUAUCCGUCAUACAGGACACUAUUAUUGUAUAUUUUAUGCAUUGAAUUUUAUUAAAGUGUAUAUUUACCUAUAACCAUGUAUCAUAACUAAUUCGAAAGGGAAGGGGGAAAUCAUACUAUAUUCGGUAUUAUCACGAAGUCACGAUUUUAGUGAUCUAUACUUUUACCAAAAAAAGUUUAAUUACCAUCUACUCACCGAGGUAUACGGCGAUUUUUAAUGGCAUACUCUUCUAUAUAGACAUUGCUAGGUAUCAAACUCACCAUUGUAUAGUAUAGAGUUUGACCUCUUUAUUAUUAUUAUCAUGAAGUCAAGUUGAUUAUUGCGACGUAGGUAUGUGCAUAUAUAUUAAUAUGGUAUGUAUCUAUGUUAAAAAUAGCGUUUUUUUUUUUUUUUAAAGAACGAGUGCUGCAACAAUAUGGAAUACUAUAUACGCGGAUAUUAUUCUAAUAUAUUUUACCGUCGGAGAUGAGGUAUUGAGUUUCAGCGUAUUCAGACGUGAUUUCUCAUUAGAUUACUCGUAAAAAUAAUAUUAUGCUCCGUUCCAAUGUGCAUUAUAAUACCGUUCUGCGGUAUCUUUAUGCGAUCGUGUCCACGGGAUAAAAAUACAAUAAUAAUAUUCUUAAAAAUAAAUUACUACAACCUUUUUCAAUAUAAUAAUAACGCACAAUUAUUUAUCGAGGCGGGUAUAUCGUAUAUACGUGAGCAUAGUCGAGUGCGUACGUAAAUAAUAUCACCCCCUCCUCCCUCCGUCAACCGUCGUGUUUUCGGUGCGUUUAAGUAGCCGUGAAAUUAGCUCGAUAUAAAAUUAUAAUAAUAAAUUAAAAAAAAGAAAUACGUUCCGCUAUCACAAUCGCGGUGUACUUAAAUUGAAAUUUGAAUUAGAAAAAAAAUAAUGUCGUUUUGCAUCGUGCGUUACUUUUUUUUUUUUUUUAAUUAUUUUCAGUUUUAACGGGACUAUUACUGUCGUAUUAUUCAAUAUAGAGUUAUAGGAAACGGUAGCGUUUUUGUACAGAGUUGACUUUUCUGUUUACGAUUACAGAUUCGUAUUUUCAAAUGCGCCCUGUACUGUACCGGCAGUCACGAACUAAUUUCGAUCCGAAUAGUCGCGUAUACUGCGCCGAAACAUUUGAAUAUUGAAAUCCCAUUCGUGUGUUUGUCGUAAAGACCUGAUCGAACGUUAUAACACUCCAGCGUACCGUGGCCGGAGUUUAAAAAUUUAAAGUUUUUACAAAAAAAAAAAAAAUAAAAAAUAAAAAUUUAAUACGAACACUGAAAUACGCAACAGUAAUACAACGGCAACAGCUGCACGCGUGUGCAUUUCUCUUCGUGUUCUUGUGCGCCGUUGACAUGCGGCCAACUAUGUAUCUACGGGGCCGUUUAGCCGUACAGGGCACCACGUGGGCGAAUGCUAUUCGACCUUACGCUAGUAUUAUAAUUUAUAGUAUUAUAAUAUACUGGGCAUCGCGAUGAUUUGCAUAUAUUUCGAGUUUUUUUUUCCUAUCGGUUUCGAAAAAAAAAAUCAUCUUCCAUAUAUUUAUAUAAUAUUCAAAAAACGAAUAGAUAAUUAAAAUACUGAUCCGAAACCAUAAUAUUAAAUAGGAAUAGUGUAUAUUAUUAUCUGUUGGAUAUAGACUGCACUCCGCGUAUAAGGUAUAUGCAGUCGUGUCAAAAUGUAAGAACUUGUGCAGCGAGCCAACAACUAUCGUGUCUCGUGUGCAACCUAACAUUAUACGAAAUGUUGAGAAACUGGUUCUUAUAUUAUAUAUACUUGCAUUUUACAGUUUUAACGAGGAUUUUCGAAUAUAUAUACUUACGUGAAAAAUGUGAGAAUUUUCGAUUUCGCCCGUUGGGUUCCUAUAUAUUAUAUACUUAUACUAUAAUCUAUAAACAUACACAAGGAGAUUUGGGCGCGUGUAAAUAUUCGAAACUCGCAUAUAAUUAUAUGUGCAUGUAUCAAAAGUGGUCGUGUGUGUGCGAUGUAAAUUUAAUGUCUGCCCGAAAAUAGACGAUGAUGAAAGGCAUGUGUAGAAGUAAUAAUUAUAAUAUUUCAUUAAUAUUAUACGUUGAAUACUUAAGUACAUAUAACUAUUAUAAUCGUAAUAAUUUAUGAAUAACGAUUUUAUGUUAACGAUGAGGCCCAUAUCAAGAGUACAUAAUUUUUUUUUUUUAGUAGGGUUUUUAGAAAAUGUCUAUGUCUUUACGUUUACGAAUAUAGACGGCAGAAAAGAAAUACCCCCCGCCCCCCCUCGCAUAAACGAUUAACUAUUUCGGACCAAACGAUUAUCGCGGAAAGGUACCUGUAUCUAUAUUAUAUUAUAAUGGUCCUGUCCGUGGCUUUUAUUUUACAAACCGUCAACAAUCGCUAAUGACAAAUUGCAAAUGUUUAGACAAUUAAAAAGUUUGUUUUACCAUUUUUUAGCCAUUGUUGUAGGUGAGAAGUUGGGAAGGUAGGAUACAUAGGUUAUUUCAUUUAUAUCUGUAAGCAACGAUAAACCAUUGCUAACAAAAGACGAUUUAAAGCGCAGUUCGGUAAUACAUAAUUUGAAGUGCCGUAAUUUUUUUAAUCUAACCUUCCUACGUUUUUUACUUGAUUAUUAUGAAAACCAAUUCGAAAAUCAAAAAGUGACCUGUAUCAACAAAAAAGAUCUCUUUUCGUUUUUCAAUUGGAGCUAUGUAUGUGCCAGAAAACGUGGUAGGUACUUAUUUAAAAUAACGAAAUCGUGAAAAAAUCGUAUUUUUUUCCUCGGUUAAUCGUUUUUAUUUUAAAUACCGUUUCGAAAAUCAAAAAAUGACAGAAAAGAUGCUACAUUUAUACAUCGGAGCAAGUUUUCUAGGAAAAAAAUGGUCUACAGUGUAAAAAACCAUCAGUACCAUUGUAGAAAUAUUAAAAAAAGGAUAAAAAAAAAUCGCCCGAUGAUUUUGGAAAUUUUAUCACGUCUAGAUAAGUCCAAUAUAAGUAUCAUCACAAAGAUUCAAGUCUUUACGAGUAUUUUAUAACCGAAUUACAGCAAAAAAACUACCAAAAAUCAAAAUUCUUUAAAAGCUCAAAAGUGGCUUAAAAUUUUUGGCAAUGAUACCAUAAGAAAGUAAAUCAAAAAGGUAUUUUAUUAUUUUUCGAUUACAUCAUUUUUUCUGAUAGAAAACAUUAUCCGUAUUUUUAUAAAAUAAUUAAAUCGUGAAAUUGUACGUUUUCCUACGUUUUUUUCCCACUAAAAUGCUUUUAUUUAAAAAAUUGCGUCGAAAAUCAAAAAAAUGACCUCUUUAAAGUACCAUCUAGACAACUUUAGCUUUUAGAAAAGUUGCUAUACGUAAAAAUCGGAGUAAGUUUACUAGGAAAAAACGUGUCCACAGACUUGAAAAAAAAAGAAAUAAACAUCUCAGUAAAACCAAUAGCUUCUUUUGCUACGCUCGGAAUAUAAAAAAAAAAAUCAGAAUCGGACCACUCUACGUAUAGUGACACAAGAAUUAACAACGUAAAACUUAUGUGUUUUAGGUCGCGUGCAGAGUGAAAAAAAAAAUAAUCUUUGGAGUGUAUUAUAAUAUGCCGUUUGGUUUACGUUUAAUAAUAUUUCGAUUAUUUAUUAUAAUAAUAUAAACCAAAAUAUUACGUGUGAGAACGUAAUCACGAACGUUUUUUUGUUCACGAUAAUUCGGGAUUAAGCGAAAAAAAAAUUGAUACGGAUACCUAAUCCGUAUUGCUAUUGUACGCACUGUAUUAUAAAUUAAAUUAAUUUAUCGCUACCACUCCGUGUCAAGAUAUAGCUUAGAAGUAAGCAUACAAAUUUAGAUGCUUUUCAAUAAUUUUUUUCUAUUACAUCACCUACACACCGUAUCACACGGUGGUUGACGUAAUGCAUAUCUGUGUAUUCGGCAUUAAUUAUUUAAACAUUACAGUAUAUCUAUUGUUAAUUGUUGUGUUCCUUAUAUAUCGUGCUAAUUUUGUUUAUCUUUCGUCGCGAUUAAAACGCAUAAUAUAGCAUUAUAACGUUACAAGUACGUCCGUAAAAUAACGUCAACGAUACUGAGAUAUUAUUUCCUAUGUUUUUUAUCUAACAAGUGCGUGUAUUAGUAUUAAUAUUAUUUUCCAUUACGGUGAUGAGAUACUGUGUGCGAAAAUCGAAUAUCUCACGCAACGAACCUCUCGAUAACCGCUUUCGACGCGGAGAACUAUUUUCAUUGGGUAAUUUUUUCUUGUCUUUAAUAUUAUCUUACUAUUACUAUCGUUCACACGUAAUUAUACUACUCAAAUAUUAAUAUUGAGUAAGUGUUCAAUUGAACUCAAACCACACUAUACAUUGGAAUUUGUGGACCUUUCCACUUAUCUUUUUUCAAUAUAUAAUUUAAUUUAUUCUAUAGGAUUGUUGCAAACAAGGUAACAGAAAAUAAAAAUUUUAAUCUUCGUAUCUUCGUCAUAACGAUUGCUGUUUCAAAAUUAUAAAAGUACCACAAAAAAAAAGAGCCAAGGGGCGGGGAAUAGAUCUCCCCCCACGAUUGCCACAUGCCAUUGAUUUUUUCUUAAUAUAAUAAUUUAAACGUACUAUGGCUUAUGCGAAUUUUUGUCUACUUUUUAGUCAUCACUCGUGGGUUCAUACUUCACAUUUACAAUAUCAUUUGAAUGCCGUUCGAACACAAUAUGCUUGUGCAAUAAAAAUAGAAACUAUAAUUGACUAUGUAAAUAUUGUUAUAAUAUUAUACUUACUAUAUAAUAUUUUACCUGUCGGAUUUUACUGUAUUGUAUUAUUGAAUAUUCGACACCGAUUCGGUUGCAGACGUAACGUAAGUAAACACGUGCCACAUGUAUUUAAAUAAUUUUAACAAAACAGAAUCUUUUGAGUAAAUACCUUCUGCCAGUAUUAUUGCUACCAAGUGUGUAAACGUUUUUUUUUUUUUUUUUUUUUUAAUUUUCUAUUCAACUUUCGCGUUGCGUCAGUUACAUUAUAAUCAUUUUUAAUAAUUUUAAGAAAUACAUUUUGUAUAUUUUAGAUUUUGAGCGAAACGAGGAACGUGUUUUUAUUCUCGGUUCAAUCAACUACUUUAUAGAAAUUUUUUGUAGUAUUUUUAAUCUCAUCGGUGCCAUUGUGAAAGAAAUUUUUAGAUUUUUUUUGUAAUUUUCAAAAUAAAUGGGAAAAACAUUACAAUUGUUUAUGUAAUUUUUGUUCAUUUCUGGUAUACUUUGUUAACAAGUUUUAUCGUUGCGUAGAGAUGUAAAUUCAAUUACUUUAUACAUUAUUCUCCAUUUUAACUUUUCUCCUUAAACAGUGACCUACUCAUUUGCAGUAUCAGCUUUUUUAGAUUCUGAGCGCACCGAGAAACGAAUUGGUUCAACUUUGAUGUUUUUUUUUUUGAACGACCGAAUUGAAGUUCAAGUUUAUUAAAAAUAUGAAUUGAAUUUCAAAAAAAAGUAAAUUCGAAUAAAAUACAAACAACAUAAUUCACGUUUCAUUCGUGCAUUUUGAACUCGUUCAUUCCGAUGACUGUAUAAAGGCCAUAAUAUAAAUGUGUAUAGCAUAAUAUGUUAUAAAACAUAACGUAUAAUGUAUAAUAUGUUCAAUGUUCACACGAGAAUAAUACGUAUAAGAAGCAAGAGAGUAGCUCGGCGACUUUGACUGUAACAGCUAUUAACGGUGUAUUUACUUGUCCCGUGUGAACUGCACUUCCAUAGGCAUUAUAAAACAGGUGGUUUUCGUGCGGUAUGAGAAUAAUAUUAUAUCAUUCUCUCUACAUUAUUAUGUACGACUGGCAACUGUUAUGUUUAUAGACAAUAAUUAUAAUAUUAUUACGUCUCUGCGUGUGUGCAUUCCAGUAAUAUUAUUAUGUGUGUAUAUAUGUGUAUAAACGCGUUUACCUAUGUAUUUUAUACUCGUACCUGCGUAUAAGACCACGUGGUACGUGUGCGUGUGUGUGGGUUUUGGCACACUGUACGGCGGAAAAAAAAAAUCCGCGCACAUUCGUCUCCUGGAGAGUGCACCGUAUUAUAAUAUUAUUAUUUUUGGUUGAUACGACGCAUCUAUAAACACGAAACGCCCGACGAGCAAGAAACGCGUGGGUUCGCCUGCAGCAGACGUCAUCGUAUAAUAUUUUCGCGGUAUAGCCGGGAAAUCGUUGAUAAAAUAGUUGGUAACACGGCGUAUUGGUUUUUUUUUUUUUUACAUAGAUUGUGCCUCGGGGAUGUUGACCUUUUGAUGGUGCAAAAGUAGCGUCGCACCGUUACAGUGCAGUGCAAGCGUAUAGGUAUUGGACGUUCCCGGUGUUUUAUUUCGAACAAUAGGUAGAUGGGUCGCCACGACGAGGCGAUUUUUAUUUUCGUGCGAUAAAUUUUUAGAAAAGAAAAAAGAAAAAUGAAACAAAACCAUGUUGCCAAUUGAGCGUUCGCGUGUCUUUCAAACGAGACUUAUUUCAUAAUACAAUGUAAACUGCAUAUUAUAUUCGUAUAGGUACAUUGCGGUUUGGCAUCAAUUCACUAUACCUGUAAAGUAUAUACUUUUAGUUUUUUUUUUUUUUUUUUUAAUUUUCAAAAACUAGUAUACGAAUCGAUUGUUUCUAAAUGCGUGGGGCGAAGUUGUUAUAAUAUUUGUUUUCGUACCGACGAUCGAACGAUUAAUAUCGCAAAUUAUAAUGUGCUAAAAUUAAUGAAUAUAUUUGUUUGAUCUUUAAUCGGUCGCGUGGGGUAAGUAAUUUCCCAGUUCAAAUACAGAUGUUACAAAUUUCAAAAGAAAGUGCACCAACGUAAUAUUAUACAUUGUAUAUAGUGGUUGUUUACAUGUUUAGAUGACUUUAUCAGCGAAUCAAAACUUCUAGUAUUGAGUCUGAAUUUUUAAGUCUGAAAACCAAAAUCAAACGGGUUGUGUUUGAAAAAUAUUUACCCUAGCCACGUAUAUAGGAUAGUGAAUGAGUAAUUUUCGUUUCCUGUUUUGAAACAUGUGCGGAAUUCAAAUUCGACGUAGGCACGUGGAAAAGUUACUAUUAUGUUUGCGUGUUGAUAUUAUGGACGCAUGUAGAAACCCAAAAAAUAAUCGUACAUAACAUAAGGUUCUAGACUGUAAAUACUCAGAUCGUAUUUUCGCAUACUGUAGAAACUUGGAAUUUCACAAACCGUAUAGUUCCAGACUGUAUAAUUUCCGAAUUUGAUAAUUUUCAUACCGUAUUUUUACCGACCGUGAAAAUCCGGAAAUUCACAAACCGUAUAAUAAUACCAGACGGUAUUUUACUAGAAAAAAUAAAUACGCAGAACGUAUAAUGACCGACCGUAAUGAAAAUAACCCUCGAUUUGUUGUGCAAAACAACAAAUGGGUAGAUAAUAGGGAAAAGUGAAAAAGCAUUUGAUAUUAUUUGAUAACACUGAUCGGUCGGUGGAUUUACAUUCCGGAUCUUCACGGUCGGUAAAAAUACGGUUUUAUUUUCCGAAAAAAAAAACGGUUGGUGGCAUUACGGUUGGCUAUAUAUUUUUUUUUCCGGAUUUUAACGGUCUAUACAAUUACACUUUAAUUCCGGAAUUAUACCGCCUUCCGAUGUUAUAGUGACACGUUUCAUCGGUACUGAGACCUAAAAUAAUGUUUAAAUUACAAUAUUAUUAUUAAGAAUGUCGUUGAACUUGUACUUACAUAUAUAAAAUAUGUAAUGGGCACAAUAAUUGUUAUAGUAUACUCGCUGUACAGGGUGUCCCACGAAGAUACCCAUUGUAAUCUCUUCGCGGAAAUGAUAAAGAUAAUCAAAAUCAGUUUUUUUUUUUUUUUUAUAUUACUCAUACGGAUAAGGAAUAUAUAUAUAUAUAAUAUAUGUAAUUUAUUUAGGUUAAUUAAUUUUUUAUAUUUUAUUAAAACGCUUCAAAAAUAACUUUUUAUUUUAUUUUCUGAACAUUUUGAUGUUUCGACAGUUUAUUUUCAUUAAAUUCGUGAUUUUUAAUAAUGUUUUUAUUAAAUUUCAGAGAAAAGUAGAAACUAAAGAGUUAUUUUUUUUUUAGUUUUUUUAUCAAACAUAAAAAUUUAAUUCAAAUUUAAAUAUUCGUAGUCCCUAUACUUGCGAGUAAUAUAAAAAAAAAAAAAACAGAAUUUUAUUAUUUUUAUUAUCUCAGGAGAUAUCGCAAUGGGUAUAUCUUCUUGGGACAUCCUGUAUAAACGAAUCUAUAACACUGUGAUAUUGGUUUUGUAGAUUUUUGUUAAUCGAUUAUUAUUUUAUCGAUGUACACCGCAGUCUGUAAGUGCGUAUAGUGUGCGUGCGUAUGGUUUUUUUUUCAUCAUAAUAUAAAUUAAAAAUUCUCUAUUCAUGCAUUAUAAAAAAAAGUUUAGAAGGGACGUACAAUUAUUUGUUUUUUUUUUCAGACAUGUAUUGUAUAUCUACAUGGAAAUGAAUUCGAAAAAAAAAACAUGAUUUCCAAUGAGUCAUAAUUAUCUCUGUAGAAAUUGUGUAUUUUCAAAAUGGUUUAAUUUUCCACUUUUAUCCAAAUUAUGUUUAACAGGGGGGUGGGGCAUCAGCAGUACCGGAUUUUUUUUCAUAUAUACUCGCGAAUGGUACGCAAAUCUGUUUGCUCGUUAUUUGAAUAAUAUACAUUAUAAUACAUUCAUUUUCGCCAAUCCACACUACUAAUUAUAUGCUUUGAAAUUGAACCGUGUAUGAUAAUAUAAUUGUAUUAUUUCGUAUCGACAUAUGUUAUCGUGCGUGUAAAUCACCGGAUUUCCGAAGUUUAACCGUCCUCAGUUCCGUGGAUUGUCAUUUUGUUUUUUUUUUUUUUUUGUUUUUGCGAAUGUGGUGUUUUUUUUUUGUUGAUAAUUAUACUAAUUAAUUUAUUUUGUUCGUUGACAGCGCGUAUUAUAACGUUGUUAUUUAGGUACACACAUAUUGUUUGCAUAAUAUAUAUAAAUAAGUAACACGUUUUUUUUGUCUACCUACACCGGGAAAACUCAUAGAGUUCACAAAAAAAAAAAAAAAAAUACCGUUCACAUUCUCAUCAGGCAAACGUUACAAAAUAUGUGGUAGGUAUCAAUUAAUUUGGUUGAAAUUUUACCGAUUAUUUUUAUGUCUUGUACUAUGUAUGCAUUUUCGUCAAAUACCAUUUUUCAUCAUGAUAAAUUCGUUUUUCGAAUCGCUCGCCCACUCUUUUUGUACUUUGAUGAUUAUGUAUCGAAAUUUAUGAAACGCCACAACGCCGAAUGAAAAAAAAAAAAAUGUUGAUAUAAUAUUUUUAAUUUCAAUACAACGCAUUAAACAGACGGUUUAGGCAUGAUGGUUGAUGGUAACAGGUUGUUGAACCGUGAUUUAUAAUAUACGAUAAUAUUGCACGUGCAAUUAUAAAAUAUUGUAAUUUAUCGCCAAUUAUUAAUAAUAGAAAAAUUCCAAGUGGCAGGCGGGUCAUAAUAAGAUUGUUUGACAAUAAAUCAAAAUAUAGUUAUUCCUCGUCGUGUUGAACGAUCCUCGUGCAAUCCUGUUAAACAGAACACAAUCAGAAAUGGGUACAUAUAGUUUUAUUUGUUGAAAAUAAUGUAGGCAAUAUAGGUGUUAUAUCCUUGGCCCGUUUGAUGCCGGGUUUAUCGUCAAUCCUGGUUUAUUUCGAAUUGACAGCUGAUAUUAAUUUAUUUGAUAUCGUCCUUAGGGAGUACGCAAAUAUUAAACCAAACUGUUUUAACUAAUUAUUUAUUUAUUUAUUAUAAAUUGGACAUACGUUAUAAGAAAUAUAAAAGGUUUAAACAAUAUACUGAACUGAAUCGCUGUUAUUACUCGACUGACUAGGCAUUUUCGCAUUUUUAUCAAUACAAAUACUUUGCGUCGGUAUCGUCGCAAACUCCGAAUAAGACAUUCGCUAGUCUGACAACUACAUUUAUUAAACCUCUCUUUUCACGAUGGCUAUUUUUUGGUGAUUCAAUAAUUCUUAUUAUAUGGUCUAUAUUAUUGUUGACUUUUACUAAAAAAUUGUUUGUCUGGUAAUUGUACUGACCACCAGUACGUUAAAAAGAUGUAAUUUCGAGGGAUUGACUUAGUUUGCAGAAUUAUCCUAUUUGCUUAAUCAUGCUACCGAUUUUACCGCAGUUUUCAUUGAAACUAGUGAUAUUGACGUAAGUGAGGAACCGCCAAAAUUAAUUAUGUAUACGUAAGUUAUUAACUGAAUGGAAAUAGAUUCCAGACUGGUUAAAAAUUGAUGUAACGUUGAAAUGGUUCUUUUCUGUUUCCCCAAGUGAUACAACUAUGAAAACAAAAUCAAGAUGGGCAUAUAAUGGAGAUUCGAUACCUAAUAUUUACUAAAAUUACUUUAAGAACUAAAAUAAAAUAUAAGUCUAUUUUUACAGAUUUGCCUAAUUUGAUAUUUCGUUAAUAAUGAUACAUUUUCAACUCAUUCUUAUGGAUUUUUAUUGCACUGAAUUAAAACAUUUUCAUUGUCAUGCAUAUCCGUUACUGAAUAUGGAUCUUUCCACUUGAGAAUAAGUUUUCCUUUGUAGUUGUGGUCUUUAAUAAGUACUUGGUCUUCUAUUUUAAUAUUUAUUUCGUGUUGAUUUUUGUCGUAGACUGCUUUAGAUUUUCGUUUCUUGCUUAUGAUCAUUUCUUCGUGCUAUCUCAUAAGCUUCUUGAAUUUUUAGUUUCAUUUCGUUGUUAUAAUCAUCGUAGUUAUAACACGGUUGUGGUGGACGGCUUAGCGAGUGUUGGACCUCUACUUUUCUUCCGAACAUUAACUCAUAUGGCUGGUAUCAAUUUGUCGUGUGAAUUAAGCUGUUGUAUCCAUAAGCUAGGUAUUCGUUCCAAUUUUGUCUUUUAUUCGUUGAUAUAAUGCUUAAGGUACUCUAUAAAAUAGUACUAUGCGACCUUUUAAGAGCUCCAUUGGAUUGUGGAUGGUAUGCUGUAGUUUUUAUUUUAUCUAUUUGUAGUAUUUUACAACAAGAUAUAAAAAGUUUAUUACGAAAAUCCAGUUUUUGAUCUGUUACAAUCGUUUCUGGUACGCUAUGUAAGCAUACUAAGUGUGCUUUUGCCAAACUAUCGGCUGUGUGGUUAAUUCCAAUUGUAAAUAUUCUGAAGUCCUUUUUGCACAAAAUGUCACUUCUAAUAAGCGUCUGUAUGUUUCCUAUGAUUUCACCUCCCGGUGUUGUAUCGCUGUGAACGUUUUUCCCGCCAACUUAGUUAAAAUUGAUUGAAGGAGAAUAGGGCGACAAUCGACACUAAUCUUUUUCGAUACAAAGUCACACGCACUUAAAAAUGGGUACACCUCCUGUGGACAUUCUCCGUUAAACUUGGAUGUAUUACUUAUAGUUGAUUCGAGGGAUAAUGCUGAUUUUUGUGCUAUUACUUUAUCUGGUUUCAAAAUGGGAGUAUUGUUCUCGAAAUUUGAUUAAGAAAUUACGGAACCUAGACUAUUGAAACUCCUACGUUAAUUUUGAGCUUGAGAUCUCGAUACCCUACUGAAAAUGUCGGUCGCGUUUGAUCUACCGGUCGGGGGUGAUAUAUAAUUAGGGUUUGACUCAGUAGUCAGAAUUGCUAUCGUUGCUACCACUUGUAUAAGUUGACAUAGCAACAAAAUAUUUAUUUAAUUUAAUAUUAAUACAUUUUUCCUUUUCCCUUAUUUUACUUAUAUACAAUAAUAUAAUGUAUUGUAUACAAAAAGAUAUUUCUUAUUAUUUUUGUUUAACUCACAGUAACAUCCAUAUGAUACCGCGCAUAUUGUUUGUAAUUUCGAUCGCCGCUGACUUGUGGAUUUCUGUGUGGCACCCGCAUACCGCACCCACGCGACUUCCCGCUGUCACUGCGUCGGCUCCAUCGGUAUGACCCACUCGCGCUCAUGUCACUGCCAAGGCCAAAUGACUAUGGCGGCUAUGGCGGCGGCGGUUGCUACGGCUGCGGCAAGAGAAACAAUCGUUGAAAUUCCGCGCCCGUCGAUUUUGAUGAAUUCGCAUAAACGUACAACAUACAAUAAACAAAAUGCACACUGUAUACAUUGCGUGGACGUAUUAAAUACGUAUCAAAUCACGCGUAUAAACGUAUAUUAAGACACUCUGAGGUGUAGACACGUAUAAAUAUAUGUAUAGAAACACGUGUUAUACGUAUUUUAAAGACACUCAGCAGGGUAUGAACGUAUGUUUUAUUCGAAUUAGUACACCUAACCUGACAGAUUCGUAGUGUUGACGUUCUCCAAAAAGAGCGCCGCUGCCGCCAGUUGUAAUAUCUUUGGCUCGGUUGAUGCCGGGUUCACUGUCAAUUCACCGGUUUAUUCCGAAUUGACAGCUGAUAUUAAUUUAUUUGAGUUCGUCCUUAGGGAGUACGCAAAUAUUAAACCAAACUGUUUUAACUGAUUACUUAUUUAUUUAUUAUAAAUUGGACGCACGCUAUAAGAAAUUAAAAGGUUUAAACAAUAUACUGAACUGAAUCGCUGUUAUUACUCGACUGACUACGCAUUUUCGCACCAGCGAUGUGUUCAUAUUCAUAAUCAUAAAAAUACAAAGACAUUUCACUUACAUGACUAAAAACAAUAUAGUAUAUUAUAUUCUUAAUACCAAGUCACGGGUUCCCAACAUAGGUAUACUUAAAAAAAAAAAAAAAAAUACAUAAUAAUAAAGUAUAGUAAAAAAUAAUGAAUAAUUUUUAAAAGUAAUUUUUUUUUUUUUUUUUUAAAUAUAUAGUCGGCAGGACAGUAGAUAUUUAUCUGAUAACAAUAUUAAAAAAAUAAAAGUUAUAUCCGAUCGAAAAUAAUCUCUCGAAUAAAUCCGUCGUCUAUGCGGUCUACAUAUAUAUAUAUACAUAUAUAUAUGUAUAUAUCAUAAAAAUAUAUUUUUCCCGAUUUAUAAUACAUGUCCGUUAACAAGGUUAAAUAUUUUCUGUACAAUGUAAAAAAAACUCAAAAAACACGUCUUUCGUUUUUACCUCGUUCGUGCUGUUUUGUUAAAAUUAAUUUGGUCCAUUCGAACGUUAUUUUUGAAUAAUUAAGUAUACUCAAUAAUUUUGAGAGAAAAUGAAUGUAUUAUUGGUCAGUAUAGUAAAUACGAUGUGGUUUUUUAUUCUGUAAACAACUUUUCUACCGGAAAUUUCGUUCCAAUCGAAAACUUUAUCGUAGCAUUUUUGAUCUAAUUGGUGCAAUAUUUAAGUCAUUUCGUUUUAGUUUUCUUAAUAAACGAGAAAAACUAACAAUUUGUUGUAUAGUUUUUGUUGAUUUCCCAGUUUCCUCGAUAACAAGAGAAAAUUACGUCUAAUAAUACUCCGCUGAGAAUCGAUUUUCGGUAGCAAUUUAUCGUUGUGUAUACAUAUAUAAAUUCAAUAAAUUCAAUUAUUAUAUAUUAUUUCCUUCCAAUCGAAUUUCCCGUUAAAACAAUGGCACAUCCGUAAUCAGCACUCGGCAGUAUCGGUUUUCUUAUUUUUGUUUAGCACGCUUCGAUAGUUUGUUAUAAAGAUAUCCGGGACCCAAUUAUUUUAGUCUAUUUUCAUUGCUUCGGAUACUAUAAUAAUAUUGCUAACUGGAGUAGCUAGACAAAUUUCUUAUUGUAUUACAAUAGUAGUAAUCGAAACGUCUAAGUUAUACUAUUUGAAAAUAAUAACAUAGUAGGUACUAAUGAUGAUAUUUUGUUUUUUUGUCGCGUGUAAAUAAUUAUGAUUAUUAUGAUCGUGCGGUCGUAUUGCUGUCACGGGUCAAAUUUUUUAGGUAACGAUUCGAUUCUGUUCCAUUCAACUGUGGUUUCAGGUGUUUUUUUUUUUUUGUCAAAUAUUUAUUCUCUUGUAUACAUAUACUCACGUUCAAUAACCGUUAAUUAAAUUUCAAAAAGGAAAAAAAAACUAUAAAAUAUGUAUGGAAACCAAACACGCUGCAGUAUGCACCUAUUCGAUUGUUAAAUAUUUGAAAAACGAAAAAUAUCUAUGUACUAGAUUCGAUAGAUCGUAUUUUAAUAUUAUAAUAUGAUAUAUAUAUAUAUAUAUAUAUAUUCCUCGUGGCGUUUGAUAUUUUCUAUUUGUGGUUUUAUGUACUUGCCUACGCGUAUUUGUAUAAACUGAUUGUUUAAAACGUAUACUACGGUAUAUCGUUUUCCGGAUGAGUAUACAUAGUGUGUAUAACACGUGUCGAAAUGUAGAAAGCCAUUUUGAAAAUUACAAUUAUUUUUCGGUGUCACUGACAUUUCGCCAAAUUAUGAUAAAUAUUUCCGCGCAACAACGCGUUGAUAAUAUUAUUUUCUUCUUAUGCUUAAUCUGGAAACCAAAGUCAAAAACAAUACACAUAUAUUGUUGUGCGAUUUUUGUUCGAAACGUGCGACUUUUGAUAAUCGAAUUUCAGCCAUUAUAUCACUUCGAAGUCGGACUUAUCGUCCGGAAUAACCGGUGGGAAAACAAUUUCUAAUGUUAAUAAUAAUUAUACAAUGCAAAUUUCGUUUCAAACAAAGACGUUGGCGUACCGAGAGUCUUUAAUAUGAGGCGCAAGUCUAUGAUGCUUUUAAAUUGUUCACGGACUCGCGGACUUCCUUCGAAAUCACUUCGGGAGAUCGUCUCCGCAUAGGUACCAAUAAAGAACCGCCGGAAUAGAAAUUAAUUUCGAAUCCGUAUAAUAAAUAAACUAUUAUAAGUAUGGUUAUCUAUUACGUCGGAAACGAUUUUGUCGUGGGAGUCAUAUUUAUUUCGGAUGGUAUAUACCGAAAAAUGUGAUAGUAAAAUUACAUUAAAUUAUUACGAAGUAUAGUUUUUAAUGCGAUUCCGCGAGCGCUCGUCCGUUGAAUAUUAAUGCGAUUUUUUUUAUUGUUGUACACAAAUUGUGAUGUACGAUAUAAAAUCGAAUUUCACUUAUUCGUAUUCUUUAAUAGGUACACUCUACGAACAUUUUUUCCGAUUACGACUCGAUACAAAAUAAAACAAAAAAUACAAUAAUAAUAUUAUACAGUUUACUACAGUUAAAAGGGGUGCUAUUUAUUUGUCAUUUUGAAAUCGAAGCUACACUCUUGUCAGUGGGGUUUUUAAUAGUCGUUAAAAAAUCGAUUAGAAUUUCUCAAACUCAAUACAUAAUAUAAUUUUAAAUUCAAUACGCUAUUUUAAAAACUAUUCGAAGUAUAAGUUAUUUAUAGUUGUCGAGAAGAAAAAGAAGCAUUGGCGACGUGUGGACAUGGCGAACAACGAUGAAGAUAAACUGGACGGAAAACGAUUGUAUAUAGACAUGUUAAACACACUACAAGAGCCAAGGCAGAUUAUCAAGACGAUAGAAACAAGAAAGACGAAAUUUAUCGGACACAUUAUACGGCACAACGGUUUUAUUUUAAAUAUUAUAGAAGGAACAUUAAAUGGCGAAAUUGGAAGAGGACCACUGAAAGAUACAAACAUUGAUAUAUUGAAGAAGAUAUAAGUUCUACGAAACUAUGUGUCAAUGAAGAGAUUAGUUGAACAAAGAUAGGAUUGAAUGUAUGGAUAAGCCUUUAGAUUAAAAAAAAAAAAAAAUUGUUUUUAAAUAAUAAUAUUUAUGGAAAACUUAAAAACCGUAUAAAUUGUCAGAGAUAAUCAGAUGCGAGCUUCAGAUAAUAUACUCAUGGAACUGGCUAAUAGCGUAGUUGUUUUAUACGUGCAUAGAUGCGAAUAUGUUGUGUAUGAAAUUAGAAAUGACUUGUACACACUCGGUGUAGUUUUUUAUCAGCUCUAUGUAAUUACGGAUAAAGAAUAUUAAAUAAAUACCAAUAAAUCAAUUACUUUAUAACAUCGGAAUAUCCGGUACUCGUAUUUAUAAUAUGUGCAGUUAUAUACUUUUACCCCGUCCAACUAUGAUUUCCGUCAUCAAAACGUCGUAAGUAGGUACAUACAGUUAUCAAGACACAAAAGUCGUUCUUAUAAUACAUCUCUUUCGAUCUGUAUAUGUACGAAGAAAGCGCGGUUACAAGUGCACCGAGUUUAUUAUAAAUAUGUUCUGAUUUAUUUAUAUAUUCUGUAUUGAUUUAUCGUUAAAUUUUCGCAUUAUUUUUUUUUUUUGUCUUACGAACAAUAACCAUUUUUUUUUUAUUAUUAUUAUAUAUAUUAUUACAAGAGGUGAAAACAAAAGAAACGCUAGAGUUGUGCUCCUCGUUUCGAAAUCGAAUACAACUAAUCACAAGAAUCGCACAAGAAUGCUAUUGUUAACGCAGUAGACUUAUAUUAUUAUGCGUAGUGAGUCUAUAAAAAUACUUAUCCGAACGGCUCGGUAUAAAUACAAAAUAAUAAUAAUAAUAAUAAACCAUCUUGUCAAAGUAUUUAUUUUAUUUUAUCGCGAACUAACGAUUUAUAGGCAUCCCAUUAAGCGAAUUUUAUUUCGUAGUUUUUUUUUUUAAAGUUUUGAUUGAGCGCCUUGUAUAUACAAAGAAAAAUUUGAAAUAGAAUCUUAGAAACCAAUAUAUAUAUACCCACAGUCACAAAAAUAUUCUUUAUCCAAAGUUGAGACGAAAAUUAUGCGGACCAGUCGAAAUUAUAUUUUGUUGGAAGCAAAAUGUUGUAAACAGCUUAGAAAAAAUUAUCAUAUUAGAUUUGUAAUGUAUGAAAAAUCAAAAAUAAAUGUAGUUAAAAUCUUCGCCGAUUAAUAAAUGACCGUUUGUACAUUUGUUUUAGUAAACAUCCAUACCUCGUGUCCCAUAAACAUAUCUCCACUAGCGGUUAGACCAAUCCGCCACUUUAACUUUCUUCUGCGCAGUUACCCUCAAUGAGGAGAGUAUUUCCUAAAUUAAAUUCACUAUUCCGUUACAAAAUCUUACUCUGCGGAUGUUCAAUAGACUCAACCAUUUGUCCAUUUGAACACGGAAAACCUUGUCGUAUAGGUAUUCAAAAUUUAAAAGGUAAAAAAAUCAUGUUUCAACGCCGAAUUCGCCCGAUUGACGCGGUUUACAUAAUAUACAAUAUUAUAUAAAACCAAAAUCGUGUGCUACCUAGUAAUGUUUAGUUGUUUUAGAAUGUUUUUAUUGGCUCGGUUUCAUUGUUGCGGAAGCCAAAUAGAUGCGUUUAAACUUUUUCACGCCGCGCUGCUCUAUUAACCGAAAUACCUAUGUAAAGUUAUUAAUACAAAAAAAAAAUUAUACACAUAUAUAAUAUUUUGUCUCAUUCUCAGUGAUAUUCUAUUAACGUUUUUUGUUGGUAGAUCGCAUUUUAAAUAUUAUUUUUGUUAAACAUUUAUCAACUCUAUGCGAAUGAACAAUAAUAAUUAAGUAUUAUAAUAUUUAGGUAGGUAGUUUAUUAUGUAAAGGUUUCGGUGUAUACCUACGUCUCGUACGGUUACUUAGCACAACGAUUAUGUUUUAUUUAUUUUGACAAGUCUCUGGGCAAAAUAGUAACUAGUAACAAUAAAGGUACCAAUUAAAUAUUAAUUUAUUACUUUUUUUUUUUAUUAUUAUUAAACUUGGCUCGUUGCAUAAUCAACUCGAUUAAAAAACGGGUAACGCGAAUCUCGUAACUCUAUUAUGACGUUAUGUCAAAUUUUUUUUUUAUAUAAUUAUCACAAUAUGUUGAAACUGUCUAGUCGAUGAAAAUGUUUUAAUGUCAAAGAUAACUUUUAAAUCUUAUUAUGUGUAAAAUCUAACUUAACUUAACCUUUAGAAAAAAAAAAAUUAAUUAAAAUCUUAAUGAAACAAAUGAUUUAAAUUUCCGCAACUAUUUAUGAUGAUGAUAAUAGAUGAGCACAUUUUAUUAAUCAAACAUAUUUGGUGCACUUAAUAAUUAAUAUUUAAUUACUUACCGUUACUUUUUGUUGCUUUAUUGAAAACGCCAUUAUUAAAUUAAAUUGAUAUUUUAUUACAAUUUAGAAAUUAAGAGGUAAAUUUAAUUUGUUAUGUCGUAAUAUGUUUUUUUUCUCCGGGAUCUUAUUAAAAAAUAUAUUGUUCGUGCACGUGUGACAUGUUAAAUAUAUUGCCUAUAUACCUCUCCUUUUAUACGUUUUUUUUCGCGUCUAGAUGGUAUUAUCGAAGAGAAUUUUAACGAUAUUGACAUAUUUGUAUGCAUACAUUUAAACAAUUAGGUAAUUUUAAUCGAUUUCAUGUUCAACAUGGUACAUUCAAAUAUUCAAUUUCAUUUGGUAUUUAUUUUUGCGCGACAACUGAACGUGGUGCCGACUAUGUAAUUACGCGUAUUACAUAAAAUGUUAUUUUUAAAACAACUAGUGUUUGGCAAUGAGUUUUCGAGAUUUAAGAGUUUGCAACAACGUGAUUAGAUUAUGAUUCAAUACAUUUUUUCAGUACUGUAAUGUGUAUAAGUGUAUUCAAAUAUAAUAAAAUACAAAUAAUUUUUAAUUUUUUAAUAUACUUUUUGACGAAUUUUUCCCGAAAAUAAAAAUAAAUCCAAGUCCAUAUAGCGAUCUAAACAUUUGGACAUUUCCCUAGCACCCCCAUUCCCUCCCACAAAAUAGAACUGAUAGCGUAAUUGUGUUUUUUUUUUUCGUUAUCAUUAUUUAAUACGUGAUUCGUAUCCAUUAUAAUUAAUUUUAAGUGAAAUAGAGAAUCGUAAAUAAAUUAUAAAUAUUUAAUAGACACAUUGAACAAAACAUUGUAAUUGACCUUAUAAUAAUACUUAUUUCACUUUAAAUGUUUUAUGAAUUAUAAAUUCAUUUUUUUUUUUUAAAUGAGUCUUUUUGUCAACAAAAUAAAUGUAAAAAAAAUAAAACUAACUGUAAAAGUACAAUAAAUUUAUUUGUAUUGAUCAUGCGUUAUUAUUUAAUCAUUUGUUGGGGUUAUCAAGUUUGUAAAUUAAAAUAUUAUGAUAAAAUUAGAAGAAAAAAAAUGUUUUGAUUUGAACAUAUACCUAUUUAAAAAUUGUGUUAAAAUUAAAAAUGUAUUAUCACUAUAUUAUUGAAUGUUUAAACGUUGUCAAUUGAUAGUCAAAUAUGCAAUGAUGAGUAAAUAUCCAUUUUCAGUUUCAUGAUUAAAUCUGUUCAUAAAUAAUAAUAAUAAUAUAAUGUAGAUGUUUACAACAUUUAUUUUAAGAUUAAAACUAGGUAAAUGAUAAAUAUUAAUAAAAAACAAAUAUUAAUGAUAGUAUAAUAAUUGCAUAACUAUUAAUAAUUAAUAGUUUAUACAAUUAUUGAUAGUAGCAAAAAAAGCACGCUAACGCCAUCGGUUCUGUUUGAAGGAGGAGGGUGUUAGGAAAAUACCCAAAUGCUUUAUUUUAACUCGGAGGGUAGUUCGUAUGCAUUUUUAAAUUGAGCAUACAAAUGGAUCCGAGCUACGUAGUAAAUUAUAGUAGCGAAAAAAUACGCUAAAGCCAUCGGUUCUCAUGAGAGAGUGCUGGAGAAACGUUUCUCCAGCACUACCCCAAUUUUUGGUUUGUUGGACAAAAACUAAAGACGUACAAAUUUGGAAAAUAGUCAUACAAAUUCAUACAUAUUGCAUAUUAAAUAUUAGCAAAAAAAAAAAGCGUGAGUGAACCGAGCAUUGGUUUUACAAUGAUGUUUUUUUUUUCCACAGGAGUUUUCUAAACAAAUGGGAGAACCGGGGAAAACCAGGAAAAUAAUUACAAUAUCGAACAAAUACUAUUAGAGAAAAUAAUAUAUAUAGGUAAUGCAUUUGUAAUUAUUAUAUGUAAAUAUAUUGUUGUCAAAGCAACAUUAUCAACUGAACUUCGCUCGUUUUUUCGUUAAGAAAUGAUAAAUCGUUGUUUACAGACAUACAUUGAAUUACAUUGUUAUUUAAUUACAGUGAUUGCACCCGUCUUCAUCAUUAUCUUAGGACAAAUUUUUCUUUUACAAUUAUAACUAUUAUUCUAUUGUAUUGAAAUUUAUUGUUGAAUUUCCCCUGAAAAUAGACAUUAUUGCACUGUAUUUUGUUUGUUAUAUACUCGACACCCGUAUAUAAAUUAUAUAUCUUUAUCUGAUAUACAAGAUGGAAUUUAAAUAUAAAUAUCACCAUGUUAACGCGAGGGAGGGUAAUUUUUAGCUAUGAAUACCUCUACAGACCCUUCCUCAAAUGAUCGACGAGGAUAUAAUUGUGUAUUGUAUGACUACGUUAUAGUAUCCUUAGGAUAUCAUUACGAGGGUUUCAAAUUUCACCCGUACCGUUUUUAUUAUUAAAUUUCACAAUUUUUUUAAAAGUAGUAAAGUAGUAUAUAUAAGUAGUAUACUUUAUAUAUUAAUUUGUUUGUAGCAAUUAUAGUAUUCCAUAUAAUACCUACAAAAAAUAUUUUAAUUUAUUAAAAUAAUAUACUAUAUAAUAUUAUUUAAAUAAAUUAUACUUACGUAUUUUAUUGGUAACGAAUCUUGUAAUGCGCGAAUAGUUUCGUUAAAAUAUACGAUCUGUAGGACGAAUUUCAUAAUUUUCGUGAAAUCGAAGUCGAAUGGCAUCGUGUUCUCGAAAAGAUAGAUUUCACUAAGCGGAGGAUACGACAUAAUAUCUUUGUAAUUUAAUCGCCCAUUGCCCGUAGAUAUAUUCGUUUUUAUUUUAUUAUUUAUUUUUUAUCAACGUUAUUGGAGAUUGUUUUUUUUUUUUUUCAAAUACCUACCUACUGUUUCUUUAGCGCACCGUGUCGAAUAACACGUUUAUAAUUCUCCCGGGGAAAUGAUUUAUAAACGGGUAUUUCGUAGUAUUAUUCAAACAACUCGACGUUUAACGGACAGUUUUAUUACACCGUUUUGACAUUUACCGCCCUGUAUAAAACCUCUAAUCUAUAACAUCAUCGUAUUUUAUGGCUUGACCAUAUAUUAAUAUGUUAUAAUAAUAAUAUAGUGUUUGUGAUUAUAGUAAAGAUAUUUGUUUUUAAGUAAUUGAGCUGUCCGUGAACAAUAUUUUUAAGUAGCACAAUAAGAACAACCCAUACAUUAUAAUAAUAUGGUGCAUUAUAUAGUACAAAUUGUGCCGUCAUUUAAAUAUUUUGUUUACCCGAAAUAUUGCCAGAGUUCUAUACUUGGGUAAACUUCUAAAUUUGCCGAAUGACGAGGAAGGUUAGGUUUAUUUACUGAUAAAUAUAAUUUUCUCGCUCCGUUUGAAUAAGGCUAUCAUUUUAAUAGAAACAUAUUAUAAAUUUGCAUAAAUAAAUGUAUAACUUACAAAGAAAUAGACUUAUUUUCAUGUAAUUUAGGUUUUAUGUAUAAAAUACGAAUUGUCAUUAAAAGUCGCCAAGAAAAUCUAAGAAAAAUCGAACAUUUGACCGCAAAUUACUUAUUUUUAAGAGUUGUCCAUAAAAAAUAGAAAAUUAAUACAAACAAUUUUCUAAUAUUUUUCCAACAGUCAAAUAAAACAUCCGAUCGUACUGUAAAAAAAAUGUUUAUGGUCAAUGACCGUUAAUGGGGCACGAAUUUCGAUCCGUUAUGAAGACGGUUUGAUCCGUUGGGGACUUUUCAAUCCAAUAAGAAUAUUUUAUUUUUCUAAAAGGAAUCAAAAUAUCAACGGGAAUAAUUUGAUCUGAUUGGGAUCACGGUGGUCAUUGAAGUAAUGACCACAAGACCGGCGAUAAACUGAGAAAUCAUAAUCUAUUCUAUAUCAUCAUUAUACGACAGAAAAAUAAGAAAAUUAAUUGAGUUCAAACACUUUAAAUAUAAUAUCAUAUACGUGUUUGAAUCCGAAUUUGGAAAACUGUUAGAUGUUACAUUUUUUUUUAACAUUUUAUUGGAAGUAACUAUCUAUCCAUAAUAACGAUGCGCUUUCGUUUACAAAGAUAUGACCAGCUCGUGCAACAUACAAAAUUUACUCUGUACAAACAAAAAUGAACACAUUCCUAAUAGACUAUACAAAUGAUGAAUACAAUUAAUUAAUUAAUUAAUCUUAUAGUUAUUAGUAACGCGAUAAAUGUAUAUAGGUAAUUCAAUACUUUGCUCACGACGCCAGAAAUUAAAUACGCGUUUUUUAAGUACUGAUAUAGGUAUACCUACUAUGGACUAGUAAUAAUAUUUUAAUAAGGUCAAUAAAUUGUCAGUCGUCGAGUGAAGUUUAUAAUAAUACAAUUAUUAUAUUAUCUCGUAUAUUUUAAGCUUUUUCGAUUGUGGGCACGUAUAUAUUAUAAUCUCGAAUGCGAUAUACGAAUAAAUAAGAAAGCAGAAAACAAAAAGAAAAAAAAAACCUCGUCCGUCGCGUCGCUCAGUAUAAGUGGCAGUCGGCGGCACCAUUCGGGCACGUGCACGUUUAUAUUAUUAUUUUAGUAAACGUAAUUCAUAAUAGCUAGGCGACAUUUUGAACCGGCGGAUCAAAAAGUCUUAUCAACAUGUUCCCGCCGGAUUUCAUUAAGGGGAGAGGGAGGGUACAUUUUGAUCUGUUUUGUAAAAUAAUUAUAUGUUCUUAUCGGAUUAAAAACUUUCCAAACCGGAUCAGAAUGUCCCGUUACCACGACAUUUGCAGUUCAGUCCGUUUAUUUAACCAUAUUGAUAGUCCGGUAAAAUCGUUCACAUACAUACAAUCAUAUGUUAUCCAUACAUUACUUUUGUGAUGAGAUAUUUUUAAUUUGAUAAUAGUAAAAAAAGUGCGAGAUCGCCGGUCAUAAUAUCCAAAUUUCUUCUACCAAUCACCCGCAGUCACCACCGUAUGAACUGGUGCAGAUAGAUAGAUUCGCUGAUUAUACAUUCUGAAUUCCUAGAUAAAAUACUCUAUGUAUCCUCUAUGGUGAUUAUAGUAUAGAAACCAUUAUUAAACGUGAGAUUUGCAUACAUUUUUUUCCAUUUGAGAGACCUCAUUCAUUUUAUUAAUUUAUCUCAUUUUUUCAGAAAACCCAGAUUUCUCAAUAAAUUUAUCUCGGCCAUCUCACGCAUUUCACUUAUUCGUUCUGCCAUUCGUUGAAAAAAGUUCAUUUAUAUCUCAUUCCAUUCAGUUUCAUUGUUCUUAAUUUUUCAUAACGACCUUCCAGGUUUGAGAUUUAACGAUUUCGGUUAGGAAAUGUAUAUUAUUUGUUUGAACAUUAAUUUUUCGUCGUUGUGUUUGCCGUGAAAAUAUAGUCUACAUAGUCUUUACUUUGUAAUUGGCCGAGACGCUAUCGUGUGGCUUGAUAUUUUUGACAUUCGUUCAUGUUGAACAUAUUUUUCGUUGGACAAUUUAAAAUUUCGACCGAACACGGUCACAUUCGGAAUACGACUGAACCGAUGAACGAGGCCGCUCGAGUAUAGAUUAUUCAGAUUCUUACCAAUAAAACUACUAAAAUAUUAAAUUCGGGUAUUAUGCCACUGAAUUAUUGAAAUUUUAUCCGUCCCGUAAAAAUGGAUAGUGUGUUCGGCUAAAAUCAGAUCGAGUGUACGUAGGUGAAGCGAUUCUUGCGAUUCUUUGAAGUUUAUUUUUCAUUUUUACGCUGCCUUUAACACAAUAUACAUAUACGAAUUUAUAUCGAUCCAUAUAUUUUCACUGGACGGAGAAGGAGGAGAAUAUCUACAAACAGAAGCCUUAUGAACGGUGUUCGUGAUAAUAUGUAAAGUACAUAACAAUAACUGCCAAUUUCGAACACGGCGCGAUGGUUGAAAGUUACACUCGUGCAGUUACUUACGUACAUUAUUUCUACCGCGGCCGUGAACUUACACUGUUAACCGGGGUUUUUGUGUUUUAAAUUUUAUUUUGAAAACAGAUAGCAUGAAUGUUAUAAUAAAUAUUUUCAGUUUUACUACGUGCGUAAAUUGUUUAAAAAUGUUUAUAAUAUCAUAUUCAAAUUUCAAAUUGUAAUUACGACUAUUAAACGGUACCCACUACACACAUAUUAUAAUAUUAUUGAUUCAAUUUAUAGAUGCCGUUUGCCUUCGAUUGAUGAAAUAUUAUAAUAACCGUUCGUUAUAAUUGCGUUGGUAAAUCGUAUUAAUUAGUAUAGUAUUGUCGUUCGUCGUAGUAUGUUUAUCAAUGUUAACAGUGUGCGAAUAAAUAACAGUGAUAUAAGCUGUUAAAGAAACCAGUUUCCGUACAAAAUAAAAAAAAUCAUAUACCUCUAAAGUUUAGAGAAUUAUUAUUGUAAAGUCUAAACGGUAUUACAUUGUUUUAUUCUAUUAUUCGUUUGUUUAUCACUCGUAAUCAAUAAAACAAAAUACGAAAUAGAUAUUUGUUUUUUACGAUUUAUCGACACCUAACACUCGAUUCAGAGUAAGUAUAUUAUUUAUAACGUACGUAUUUAGUGUUACGAACUCGUCAAGACGACGAUUAUUGCGAAACACGCGAACUAAAUUUAUUAUUUACAUCGAGAUUGUAAUGAACGUGGGUAUAUGACAUUGGAUUGUGUGGAUAAAUUAUAAAAAGUCUCAAUAUGAUUUCCCAAACAAUAGAGACGGCUUUUGUACCUACUGUAUUAUAUUAUUGAAUAUAAUAAUAUAUAUUUGUAAGUUGCAUGUGCUUGAAAUUUAAGUCUAAGGAAGUUUAGCAGUUGAAAGAAUCGAUUUUUAUGUCAACCAGUUACGCAACUAGGGGGAAUUUGGGGGUUAUACCCCCCACCCCCCGAAAUUUAAGAUUUUAUUUACGAAUUCUAUAUUUAUUAUGUACAUACGAUAUGUAGUACUAUAUUGCAGCGAUCACAAACAUUUUUUUGUAAUUUUGAAUACGCGUGUACGCGUCGUCGUUUCAUUUUAAUAACUUACUAAGUAUAGGUUAGGUUAGAGGUUUUACUGAAAAAAAAAAAAUCUGUUAAGAGUAUAUUAUUUGCAAUUAUUCAUAACGACACAUUUUUGUUUGUUUCGAUGAAAGUAUCGCCGUGUCGAUCGAGUAGGCGAACGUUUUGCGUUAUUCUUAUAUUUAUAAACCGGCAAUGAUGAAUUACUGGUGCAUGUAGAGCAACAUAUUGUAUACUAUUGCGUCGUAGCCAUUUGCAGUUGCGAGGUGCAGUUGCAGUUUGUAUAUUGUAAUAGUAUACUGUAAAAAUUAUGCACUACUACUACCUACUCUACUAUAGUGGCAUGUGUCGUCGAUUGCAGGGCGAUGUUUUGGAUAUUAUGUACUUGCUAUAUUAUCUACUUGCUUCUGACGAGCUUAUAAGUCUUCAAUCGUUUUCGCCGACUCACCGCGAUAUUUUGUAGCCUACCUAUUAAAUAUUCACCCAUAUAAUACGGUGGACUACUCAAUGAUUGACAAGACUUCUGUUUGCUCAGUCUUUAUUUGCCCCUCGACUGGACGUAAAAUAUAUAGCACUUCGAUGUAUUGUAUUUUGAAUGUUCCAACAAAUUAUAUUUAUUUCGAAAACGGUAGUUGUAUUCUGUUGAAAUUUACUACCGUUCAAUCUUCUGUUUUAUGUACGACUCUUUUUAAUGUUUUCAGUCACGUUUUUGUUUUUUUUUAGUAUUCGAAUAUCACUGUGUAAAACUUAACGACUCGUUUAAUGUUCUAGAUGAAUUCGAUUUUUUUUUUAUCUACAGAUAUCAGGUACUGUGUGAAAAAAAAAUUAUCUUGUCCUAAAUAAUUAACUGUAUUUCGGUAUCUACAAUAAUUUAAUCAAAACUAAUCAUGACAUAACAAACACGUUAUAUUUUGAUGUAGAUUCGACAUUCGGGUGUUGCACACGUAAAUGUGGAUACAUAUAACGACAAAUAUAUUACCGCAUAUUAUAUUAUUAUUUAUUAUCGAUAAAUUAUAAAUGUUAUUAUAAUGUGUUGUAUAUAGGUAUGACCUUUAUAAUUUCGUAUUGGGAAUAUAAUGUUUAUUGUUAGACGGUACUCGAAGAAAUUUUAUUAUUUCCGUGGGUUUUUAGGUUUAUUCGGUAUUUGUUUUUAUUCAUAUUUAUUUUUUAAUAUGAUAAUUCGAUCUUUGCCAUGGUAAAUAUUUAAAUUGUCGUAUUGCCUAACAACACGUGAGAUCGUUACAGAUACGUCACAUUGCGCGCGUUUUAAAUUAUAAUAAUGAUAUUUAAUUAUGAUAUUCCGUAAGAAACAUCAGUGAUAAUUGUCUCGAUACUAAUACAGUUGUUAUAUUGUGUGUUUUUUUUUUUUUAACGAUUAAGUCAAAUUCAAUAUAAAUAUUUAUAUUUAUGUUAUUAUUACGAUGAUAAGCAGCGUGGUUGUGUGUUUAUAAGUGAGGCGUUUAUCAUUUUUGUUUAUGUCCUAAUAUGGGCCAUAUAAAAAAUUACAUUACUCGUAGAAUAAAAAUUGCGGCAGUUAGGUUGAAAUUAGAUUAGCCAGAGACGCUGUGUACAGGGGGGCCUCGGGUCUGCAGCCCCUCAUGAGCUUGUUAAGACGGAGUUCAUCCCCCCACGGUUCUCAUAUUAUAAAAAAAAAGUCAAUAUUUGUCAUGUAUAUCCUCAAAAUACUAAUUAUUUUAUUUAUAACAAAUUAAUUGAGAAAGAUGAACGGUUUUUUUUCUGAUAUUGAUAGUAGAGAAAAAGUAGAUUUUUCAUGGUUUUAUUAUUAAAAUGUUAAUAUUAUAACAUAUAAAACAACAAAUAACUAUAUUUCAGUAAUUAUUGUUUAACAAAUAAUUUAAGGAAAAUAAAAAUAGGACAUAUUUUGGUAAGAUUUAGGUAAAACUGUACAUGUGUUUAUAAAAUAGAGGGCCUUCCCAUGACAAUAUGACAUUUUCAAAACCUGGCACCUCUGCAGUUAGCGAAAUAUUAAAAGAGGAUAAUAUCAAGGGCUGUUUUUCUAAAAUAUUGUCAAUCAAAAUAUAAAUAACACAAACAGAGGGGUGAAUGAUGUAAAAGAAAAUUAAAUGGUAAACCCCGCUUUUCACUUAGGUUAUUUAUCGGUUUACCAUCUUCCGUGUGAAUGGAAAAUUAUUAAACAUUAUAAAAUACUUUCCAGUCCUGCGCGGAACCUCUUCUCCGGAAUACGAAUAUAUUUUUCAAUGUUUAAUACGAACAAGGUAGCUCGGGAAGUAUUUCGUCGAUGAUGUUAGGAGAGCGCACGCGCGUGUGUUCUCAUCAAAUGUUUAUUAAAUAUUUUAACAUCUUUUAUUUAUUUAUCAAUGAUAUUUAUUUGAUAUACAUAAUAAUAUGAAGUUAUAUAAUUUAUAUAUAUAUAUAUAUAUAUAUAUAAUUGCACGACUAACGAAUUAAAAAAAAUUGAAUAAUCGCUAAUAACUCUACUAUAAUAUAUUUGGCCAAUGAGGUUAUGAUUACGGGGAUAUUUUUUAAUAAUUAAUUUGUAAUUUUGUGAACUUGAUGACACUCAUCAUUUUUAUUUUGCUUCCUUUUAUAAAUAGACGUAAAAGGGCCCAUACACGCUCAGUUUAUCUGUCAGGUUAACUGUGUGACGUCAAAAGAUUAACUGUGGUAACUGUGCAGUUCUAUCCGAAAAAACGUGAAUUAUUUGGCGUGAGCUCCGUGACCUCAGUCCUAUCUGGUUAACUGUACGACAAACUGAGCUAUAGCUACACUCGUUCAUUUUUUUCAUCAGGCGAGGAUUCAGAUAAACUGAGCGUGUAUAGGCCCCUUAACACUGCGCGUUCCCCAUGUUACCCGUGCCUUAGGUUUUGUCUAAUGUAAAAGUGUUAUUAGAGAGAUACACGAUUGGAUUAAGAGGGAAUUAGGAGAAGGUUACAAUUUUUCGCGUACAUUAUUUUUCGUAAAAUGGCCAAAUCAAAAGUAUAUUUAUAGCUCUCCUUGUCCUCAGGCUAUGACCGUAAUCCUGUCCUGGAAAGCGAUAUAACCGAUAAUCCGAGCGUUUACCUGUAGCUUGGGUCAAAAAUGCCAAUGCCUCUUUUUGGUGAAAAUGAGUUUUACGACUAAUCAAUUUUCUAUGUUUUUACUAGCGGUAAAAGGGGGUAUCUCAGUAAUAAUUAUUGUGAAAUUUGAGAAGACCAAUGUUAGGUUAGAUUAGUAGAAAAAUUACUACUGCAAUAUCAAAAAGGGCCGAAAAUAUGUUUUGUUAUUAAUUUCCCAAAAUCGAUUAAAACUGAAAUUGGCCCUUUUUGACCCUAGCCCCAGAUAUAUAUAUAUAUAUAGAACUUAAACUGAAUAACGUAUAUUAUGUUAACCAACGGACUUUACCUCACUCCGCUAUAUCAUAUCGUGUAUGCUACCGAUUUCGUCGUUUUUUCUCUAUUUUUUUUUUUUUUUUUAUCUUUUUAAUUAUUAUAGGCCGUGUAAUACAUAACGCGUGUAGUACAACGACUGCGAUACACGCGGGGCGAUAUCGGAUAUGUUUAUUAUGUAACGCGGACUAUAUGCGCAGCCGAAAUCGAGCGGCCAAAACGCGUCACAAUCCAUAUCGAAUGCGCCGUACUUGACGGAGGUCUGAGACCGCGGGCGCGCGAUUGACGUAAAUGCGCCUCGAGUGCGAUUAACGUCUCGGGUAUCUCGCCGCGAGAACUUCAAAUUUGUGAAAAUCGCAACGGCCCAUGACCCAGGAGAAAUCGCGCGCGUACGUGUGUUAUCGUCGACGCGUUGAAAUUCCGAAUCUCGACCGUGUGUCACAUGGCGUUGCGUAACGCGCGGGCAAUUAUUAAUUUCGGCGUUUGAACAGCGCGAUGUAAUCGAUUUAUCGUCACGCGCAUUAUAGGUGUACAGGGUGUAACAGGACUGUUUGCCAGUUUUGCACUGGAGUUACGCGCCCUACAGACGUAAUUCGGGCGCGGGGACGUAUCGCAAAAGACCCGCGGUGUCGUCGAAAAACGCGAGGAACCGCCUCCGGUUUCGCAAUAGCGACCGGACCACGUGCGCAAUAUUCGACAGUAUAUAAUAAUUCGUUUCGAUAUAGGAACGCGCCUCUGCAACGUACCCAUUAUAAUACGGCUGUUCGCGAUAAAAUAACGUCCUUGGCGACGGCCCACGGGCACGGAAUAUAACGUUUGCGUCCUUCAACUUGUAUCAUCACGUAACGCGGGGUCGCCGGAAAAAACGAAAUAAAAAAAAAUCACGCCGCUGCCAGAGGCGUCCGUCUUCUUCUCCCGCACAACAAUGCGUUUCUUCUUCUGUUUUUUUUUCUCCGUACGCGUUUUCGUUCGACGGCUACAACGACAGCCGCACAUCACCGUACGCAUAUUUCUCCGACGUGUUUCCGACGAUCUUCGCGGCGCGGCGCACGCGAGAGGCCGGCGCGCGUCGCGUUUUCUCACCGAAUUACGGAGGGGACGACGGGCGAUUGCAUCCAUAUUUUCCCCGAUUUUGAAAAAUUUGGAAAAAAAAAAUUUUACAUUUUAACAAACACCUCGGCGAUAGUAGUAGAUUAGUGAACUAAUCUACUGCCCGAUGUGUCCGUGUAUGAGUGGAAGUGGAUCCGCCAUUUUUACGGACUAGUAUGCAAUUUUAGUCUGAAAAACCAGACUUGUAGGGAUUUAGAUUUAAAAAAUGUAUUAUCAUUCUGUAGGUUCGAAUACUUGGGAAUACGAUAGAUUUUAUUUAUUUUUUUUUUUAAAUUUGAAUUCCCUUUAUCAUAAUAUCGACGGUGUUUUGUUAAAAGGCCGUAUACCACUAAAAAUCGAAAAAUACGUUUUUGGUAUCAAAACAAUCAGAAAAAUUAGGAGCAUAAACUGGUAUUUAAAUACAGAAAAAAUCAAGUUGAUAAUGUCGAUUAAAAUAUAUCUUGGCACCCUUUUAAGAUAUAAUUAAUUCAACAUUAAUAUGUUUAAAGGGCGUAUACCACAUUCAAUGCGUGUAUACAUUGUGGUACAAGGUUGAAGGUAUUAUGUGUACGAGUAUAUUGUUUUCCAUGAUAAAUACCAUUAAAAACGAUUUUGCGGUUGUUUUAGCGAAACAGUUUUUUUGCUUCCUGAAAAAAAGUGAUAUUUGAUGACGCCCUUUUAACAAAACACCGUCGAUAUGUAAACGGCGAAAUACAUAAAUUACAGAUUUGAAAAUUUUUAAAAAAUUAAAUUGAAUUGUUGUUUUUCUUCAGUUUUUAUGUUAUGUGAAUAAAUUGGUCUUGGCUGUACUGAAAUGUUUGAACAUUCAACACAAAGUACAUCAUUAAUUGUUGUACACGGAAGUGAAAAUAAGUGUAGUGUUUUUUUUUUCGAACCUUUUUUAACCUAUCCUGUUUUCUUCGACAGCCCUGAUGAUAAUAAUUACUAUAUCUGGUAAAAAUUCUCGAGGAAAAAACGUUUUUUUUUCUUUUAUUUUAUUUUUCAGGCUACGGGGUUCGUAAUAAUGCGACAUACGUUUAUCGGUACAUGCACGUACGCGUACACCUAUACGGCAUACGCAUUGCAUAUUGCACUGACCAGACCUAAUCAAUUAUAUUAAAUCGAUAUCGAAUUAUUCAACGGUGUAUUGUGACAUUGCAGCCAAUAUAGUGUAUCUUCUAUUGUUGAAAAAUAUUAUCAUUUAUAUCACGUGGCCUUUUAGUACGAAAAUAUUGUUAUUAUUAUGUUAAAUGUCCGUAGUCGGUGUGACGCCGAUGAUGAGUCGAUUAUAAUAAUACGGUAUCACACGGUGCACAGCCUUAUGACAUUAAAUGCGUGUCGUGUUCGUAAAUUUAACGCAGAUACUAUUUCUGUUUUGGUUACAGGCCUGUAUUGAAUGUCGUCGGCGCCGGAGACGCUCAGCUCCAGUCGCAUCGUCAUAACCGCAGUGCCAUCGUCGCCGACGUCGCCGUAGUCCUUGUAGUCACGGAGACGGAAUCCACAGAGGAAAUAAUCACCUGCAACCGACCGCCCGAACCGCAACCAUGGUGAGUACUGACACCCGUAUCCACGUAUCGUACUCCCUUAAAAUCGCACCUUUGCGCCGUGCCUCGAAAUUCGGCUGCACUUUUCAAUUAGAUAACAGUAUACAAUGUCAACCUUUUUUUUUUUGUUUUUAAAGCACACUGUGUAAAAUUAUACCGCAUUAAAUCAAAAUGUGACAGUAAAGUAUACUGUGAUGACUGUAUAAUCAAUAAAAUCCACAGUAAAGUUAAAUUUUGCCGAUUAAAAAUAUAUUUCGAUAUCGCAAUGUACAACGCUUUUAAAACGCAUAAAACCGUGAAAGUGUCGGACCGAAAUACCCUAAACACUAUAUUUCGGUUCAAAUUUGAAAUAAAUAAUUAGUUUUUCUCAGAACUACAAAUUUAAAGAGGCGACCUUGUUACAAGGGUAUAUACGUACUUACCAAUAAUUAUACAUAUAUAUUUGUACAUGCUUCCGAUAAUUUUCCGGUUUACAAAAAUGUUCCUGAAUUUUUUUUCUCCGUAGGUUUGUAAGCGUUUAAAGUUAAGACCAUAUACACGAAUCUACAGCAAUUUUCCACCAAUAAAAUUAAAUACUCUGUUCCUCCAAUGCACACAUCAUUUUCGUCGCGUUAUCGAAAUAAAAAACUGUUACCAUCUUAAUACAACACCCUUUAUCAGUGGCGCAACAAGGGGUUUAGGAUUUGGUUUGGGGUUUUUUGUAAAUUGUUCAAAACCAAUAUUUGAUUAUUAAUCAAUUUUAAUAAAUAAAAACAUUAAGACGUCCUAAUCGUGUAUAGCAGUGUGUAACCAGCUAUAAACUGAUUUCAAUAUUUGAAGAAAAAUAUAGGCAUGAUUUUGAUACAAAGAAAUCGUUGGAGAAAAACGAAAAAUACAUUUUUAAGAAGGUAGGAGGAAAACAAUUCCAACCAAUGUUAUAGUCGCGUGUUGCCAACAAUUCGGAUUAACUGAAACAUUCCUCGUUGAGUGAAUAAUGUGUACUGUUUUAUUUGAAAUCUAUUGAUCUCACUAUCUAUACUGCAUAUUCAGAGGUAACGAAUAAAAACUAAAAACUAAAAUCCUAUUAGUACAAAUCCACAAUACAUUUGAAUUAAAAAUAUUUUUUUUAAUUAUUGUUUUGGUCACGUACACGUUAUUUUAUAAGCCCAAAACGGGUUAUUUAUAGAAUCACUGCAGUUCAUCGAAUUUUGUUUAUGGAGUAGUUAUCGUGAGAUUUUUUGUCCUAAAUAAGUAUAAAAAAUAAAGGUACCCUUAUAAUUUUAUAAUAAUUGAUAUAAAUUAAAAAUAUAUUAUACACUUUUGUACCCUGAAAAUAAAAAGGUAGCCCAUGAGAUUUAAAAAAAAAAAAUUGUCGUCCUUUACAAUGAUUUAACUCGACCUAACCCGUAGAAGAAAAAUUCGUUCAUCCCCCAUCCUCUUAUACCACUUUUUAAACACCAUUCAAUAACUUGAAAAAAACCAAAAACCUACCAUAAUAAAUACUCCUGGCAAAGUAUUUUCUUGCAGUAUUUAGCUGUAUUUUUGGUUUUUAGACCUUAGUUUAGAUAUAUUUCCACUGUGUCCAUCCGUCCGUCGUAUGCAAAAUAGUAUAUGAGCUGCUUAUCCCUUUGCCCUUUUAUCUAAUUUGGGCUCUGUGUAUAAAAAAUUAUCGAUUUUGAAAACACGUAUAAAGGAAAAUUUUCAAAUACAUUACAUUUAAAAUAGUAUCAAUGAAAAUAAAUUAUGAACUUUUAAAUUACGAGGGAACUAUUACUGUUUCGAAAUUGACCAUUAAAAUGUUAUAUUAGGUAAUACUAUCAUUUAAGUCUGACUUCUUAAUGAAAAGUUUUUUUUAAUUGGAAUUUAUUAUUUGAUUUUCCCAUGUUAUGGCUUUAAAAUAAUUUUUUUUUUUUUUGUAUCUCUGUUAACAGUCUGUAGUAUUCUGCGUGUAGGCACUUGCUCGGCUACGAUUUAUUUGUUGAAUAUUUUUAUACGGGUUGUUUACAUAGAUGAUAAAAAAUGGAUAGGCUAUAUUGGUAUUCAGACAUUCCUAAAUAUUCUAUCUGACACACGAAUAAUGGGUGCAAUCAAUUGUUACUAUACCCGUGGCAACAGGAAAACAAUUCACGGAAGAAAGGUCAAUUUAUUGGUGAGUAUGGUAGAAGAUGUGAUUUUGCAGAUAAUAAUUCUAUAUAUCUUUUUGAUUCGGGAACACUGCCCGCUAAGUGACACAUGGUAUACGAGAUGGUAUCGUACUCAUGUCCAUCCACUCAUGUCCUAUCCAUUAUGCGAUCUUAAUGAUAAUUUUACCAUUAUGCUCGUAUUAUUACAUACAGUUCAGUGGUGAUAUUUUUUAGCGAAUAUCCAUCGGAUGACGACUCCCCGUCCCUUAAAAAAUCGCCACGAGCAGAUAGACCGAACCUCCCCUGAAUUUUUAAGAUUUCCUCAGGUACCCUUCCCCCCCGUUAAAGUAUUUACUAUAUUUCUAUAUAAAACACAAUAUUUGGUUACAAAAUUGACUAGUUGAAUAGUUUACCGUUUAUUUUCUAGUGGACACUCAGUAAGAAUAAAAAAUCUUAUACACAACUGGGUGUCCAUUUUGACACAGAAAACCUCAUUAAAAAAUAUCUUACACAAUAUGUAAGCAACGCCCUCUGCACUUGAAAUUUCGAAGCGAUUUAAAUACUACACACACAGUUAUGUUUUAUUUAGUGGUGAGCCGAUCUGACAUUCUUUCGAUAUCGGAUAUCCCGAUAUUUUCUACCGAUAUAAAUCCUAUAUAUUCGAUUCCAUACUUGAAAUCAAAAUUCAUCAUAUGUUGGUAUUGAAAUUAAUCGCUACAUCACUCGAAAAUCAUAUUUUUUCAAACGAUUUUUGAAUUCCAGAUACAUUAUUAGAGACGUUUUUUUUUCUCGAAGAUAUCUGUUUUGAAUAAAAAAAAACCGAUAAGUCGAUAUCGAUGUACGACAUCGAAUUAUGUUGAUGCUCAUUGCUCACUAGUAAUUUUUUUACGCACUUAUUAUUUUUGUGUACAUUUUCGUCGGAAUGUGAGAGGAAGAGAUUAAACAUUUAAUAGUAUGUGUCCUCCUCGUGAAUUCAACAAUACAAUACAACAAUAAUUAUUACUAUAUUGGAUAUCGAAUUUAUCUUUUGUCUUGUUUUGGUGCUUGACGAGGUUAUCACCACGACAAACUCCGUAUUAAUUUGUACUCAUAAAUAUAUAAAUACACGUACUCGAAAUAAUUAAUUUAAUUUAAAUCGAUCGUUUGAAACUCAGAGGCUCCAAUUAAUUAUUAUUAUUAUUAUUAUUUUUAUAAUCGCCUCCUGACCCUCGUUUAACGAAUUUCUAUUAUUAUAGAUUUUUAUGCGUAUUUAUCAGACCCAAUGAUUUACGUUUUCUUCAAUGACGUUUCAAGAAAGUACAAAGUAAUAAUGAAAACACUAGUUAUAGUUUUGUUUAGUUUUGUUUUCACGCCCGUACUUCAUAUACCAGAUGAUUUAUUCAAAUUAUAUUUUUUUUAAUUAUCCGGUAAAUAUUCGUACUAUUUUGGCCUUAGUCGUUUUUAAAAAUGAAAGAGCCCAUUCAAUAACCUGGUACGUCGAUCCCUUUUCUUUUAGUAUAAAAAAAAAAAUAAGUUUACAUGUGCCUUUAUUAGUAUCCGAGUUUUUUUUUUUGAAAAACAAUUUAUUAGUUAGUAAAAAUGAUCUGUUUUUUACGCAGGAAGUAUCUUAAAAAAUACGCUCUUUUCUAAUGGUGGUAAUUUAUUAUGUAAAAAAAUUUGUGUAGAUUUUCUAGUUGUUGUUCUUAACAAUUUAAUAAAUCGACAAUAACAGAUAACUAUUUAUAUUUGUUGAUUUCUGGAUUAAAAUGGGACUUUGGCUACAAGGGGGAAAAAAGCUCGACUAAUAUUUUGUACCAUUUACCGCCCUCAGAAUCGUUUUUUAGUUUCAUUUAUUUCAGCUUUCAAUCUACAUUAUUCUUUAUCUUCCAAACUUUCCAUCUGCAAGUUACAACAGUAAUUUAAUGACCCAUAGUACACGGAGUAUUGUAAACAAAUAUAUUAUUAUCAUUAAUAUGUACAUCUAUUUUUUUAAAUCGCAUUUACAUAUACGAAUUAAAAAUAUCCAUUAACUUUCUACAAAAUGUAAAAAAAAUGUCGGAACAAUAACCCGGUAUAUUUUGAACGUAAUUAUAAUUGUUCUUGCGUCGCCGAUUACUUUCAAAUAAAUUUCCUAACUAUUUGUAUAAAAUAAAUACGUUUCAAAAAAAUGUGUAUUUCCAUUGUUCUUUAUAUGUUAUGAUAGUGUUAAGCAAUUUUAAACGAUAAUAGUUUCAACUUAAUAUUUCCAAAACAAUUUUUUUUUGUCUCCUGAACAUUUUUAAAAAGCGAACGCACUAUUCGGUUGUUGAACCGGAUAAUCUGAUUUUCCCUUCAAAAUUGUAAUACAAUAAUUUUCUGUGAUAAAAACGAAAUUAAGAAUACUGUAUAAAAACUAAACUAAAAAAAAUAAAAGAUUAGGAAACGAAAUAAUUCUGUAGACAUUCUGAAUUGUUCGCACAUUUAUAAAACAAAUGAAAAACAUAUUCUCGUACAACAGCAGUGUACUCAUAUUAUUAUCGAUAACAAUUUUUUUACAGUAUCAUAAUAUUUCUAUUCUUAACGAGUAAAAAAAUGCAUUAUUGUUGAAAACGAUUAAACAUUUUGUUUAGAUUCUAUCCGAACGAGAGUUUUGUUUAAUUAAAAUAACUAACAAGCUAGACAAUGUGUGUAGUUUUUUCUCGGAAUCCAUCAGUCGUUUUCCUUGUCCGACGCACGUGAACGGGUCAAAUUUCGAAACGUCGCGGUCGUAGUUCGGUACAUAAAACGCGAGAUGAAUAUGACGUGUUGAAUACGAUCCAAAUAGUUUUGUAGGAGUAAAAUACGUCUUUUUUCGGUUUAUAUCAGGAAAUAUUCCACUAUCUCUCUCAUUCUCUGUUUCUUAGUGUCUGUCCUACGGGACGUAUGCAAAACAUCAUAUUCUAAUAAGGCGACGACGACGUCCAGGUAUGAAAUUCGUCAAUAGUUCCGACUUGUCUACACUGAUAAUAAUAAUUAGGGUAUCUAUUUUUAAACGGCGAAUUGUGCGUUUACAACUAUACCGCCGCCACAGUCGUCUGCCUCUGCUGUAUACUGUCCGUCUGUGCGGUUUGUUGAGACGUAAGCGUUUUUAUUUGUUAAUUUUUUUUUUUUUUUUGUCUCGAUUUAAUACAAUCGUAUUUGUCUAGCGACGUGACGGAGGGAAAAAUAAUAAAACAAAUAACUCCAUAAAUAUCUAUAUGUACUUAAUAUGCAAGAGCAUCGUUUUUUUUUUCUCUAUUCUAUUCCGUUGUUAUUUUACGUAAUAGGUAAAUAACCACACGCGAGUCCGCGGUGUAGAUAAAGCACGUUUCCGUAAAUAUUUCCACUCCUACUUAAACAACAAUCAUAAUAAUAAUAAUAAUAAUAUAGAAAAAAAAAAAUCUAUUAUAGCUAAACCCACCUAGGCAUAGAUACUUUCGGCUAAAAUUUUCGCGACGGAACCCGCGACGCAUAGGUCUUGCGCGUGUCCGCAGUGAAUUCGCGACAGUUGCAAAAGUACAACAUAUUAUAUAGGUAACUAAACAAACAAACAAAAAAAUCUUCGGAAAGCACAAAAAAUAAAAAAAAAAAACAAAUCCGUCCGUAUACACCGCGUGUUAAUUAAUGUCAUCAAGUAUUUAAUCCGUUUACGAACCGGACUAACAGGUCGUGUAGAGUUUAUACAGUAUCCGUUCGGUAUCCCCUCGGCUCGUCGGCGUGUAAGUAUACAAGUCUUCGGAUCCUUUUUCUGAAAAAACUACAUUUUCAAUUGUCUCUCUUUCCGAUAUACCAAUUCAAAUCCCGGAUGUGCAUUCGCUUAUACGGAUAAUUUCAUUAUGUAUAUAAUAUUACAGUGGUCGCAGUACGGGCGAUUCGCUUAUAGACGAUGCGGUUUAUUUUUAAAGACGAGUAUUAUUUUCUGAUGGUCGGCCGAAUAACUUGUCAACGAUCCACCGUUUUUUUUUCUUCCUCGUCUCCCUCUCGUCACUUCUCGUCACUCCUCGUCACCGUUAUACGCAUACACAUACACACACACACACACACGCACCUGUUGUAGGGUAUUAUGCGCUAUAUAAAGUCCGUCUGGUGUCUCCGAAUUGUUAUUCCGGGACCCGUUAUUGUCAUUUUUAGUUCGGAAAUCGGGUCGCCAUCCACGAGGACCAUCAAAAUUCACCUCGUAAAAUCGUCCGCGUUUCCGUAAAAAAAAAAAAAAAAAAAACAAAUCAUAUAUAUAUUUUAAAUAAAUUCUAGAGAUAUUAUAAAAUCACCGUCGCGUUUCCAUUUUUUUUUCGCAGGAUUCGCAAACCGACGAUCAACAGGAACUCCAAACGUUCCUACCAGAAGAAAAAUCCAAGAUGAAAGACGCGCCGCAGUCGCCGUCGCUAAACAAGUGAGUGCCGCGAUAAGUUAUUGGGGAUAUUUUUUUAAAUAUUUCACAUGUUAUUAUUUUAUUUAAACACACGUAUCAGGAUGUUCACCGGUUAGGUUACAAACGGGGUUUGAUAUAAAAAAUAUUUUUAGUUGAACAACAAAUAACUUAUUGGCAAAUUAAAACGUAUGUUCUUACAUAAAAUAAAAGUAUAUAGUAUGAUAUAAACUUUUCGAAUCGCUAGGAGAAAAAAAAGAACAGUAAAUGUCUAUAGUCAUAAUAUUUUAAUUUAGCGCGUGUAUCGCGCUAUGACGUUAUCCGUCUGUACGAUGAAAUUAUAUAAAAAAAAUACUAUUGGACGUUUUUUAACUAGUAUUACGAACGGUUCAAAGAAUUUCCUACAAGAUAUGACCAUAGUGAAAUAAAUUAUAAUUUGAACCAACAUACGAGUAUCACAUCAUUUAUAUCAUCACGUUGUCAUAUUUAUAAAACAUAAUAAUAAUAAUAAUAAUAAUAAUUUUAAUAACGAUACGGUAUUUUAUCGUCAUUUGUUGAUAGUAGUUUAUGGUCAAGUUGUAACGUAUUAGUUGAUGAAUUUACUAUUUUAAGUAGGCACUAAUUUGCACUCUCUUUGAUUGCUAUUAUAUUAUAUGCGUUCAUUCAAAAUCGUUUGUAUUCAAAAUUCUAUAAAUGUUUGAAACUAGAUUUAUCUUAAAACGUUAUUUCCAUUUAAAUUUAGAUUUUUUAGUUAAUAAUCAUAUAGGUAUGAACAAUUUAUCACGGUGAAACGUUCAGCUCCGCAGUUACAAUAGGUUAUGUUAUUGUUGCAAUUGUUUGAUAUAUUAUCGUCUGAAACAGUGUAUUAUUAUUUGACUUUUUUUUUUUUAUUCGGUAUAAAUUUCGAUUGGAUCCAACAGGGAAUAUUAAGGAUAUAAAGAUAAACGUUAACGAUGGUCAUAUAUAUAUGUCUCAUUACAUUAUAGUUGUGAAAGUUUAUUCGGAUGUUUAGAUAUUUAUCGCACCUGUAAAUAGCGAAAAUAGGCUAUUUUUCCCCUACCGCGAAUUCAACCCCUAAAAGUGGGCUGACAUAUGAUUAUCGGUAUUUUUAGUACGAGAAUCGAAUAUAUUUUGUUUACUAGGUGAUACGAACGAUAUUCGAAAAAAACUAAAACAAACAAAUUAAUAAUAAAGUAGUCCGUGUGUAAGGACCGUAAUAGUUGUCGCGAGAAUACCCACAUUAGUUACCAUAGAAACUGGUUAUCCAUAUAAUAUAGUUGAAUGUUCAUUUGCAACGAGCAUCUUAUCGCUGAAUCUAUAGCAUAAUGAUAAUUUGUCUAUUACCUAUUUCUUUUGGAACGCAGGACGGAACAGUCGUUAGGAAAUCACAGACAAGACACGCAUAAGGGAACUUACAGGUAAGACGACGCGAUAAACCUAUAUUGGCUAUAUUCUUUUUGUAAAAUUUUCCCGAAAAUAACAACUAUUGCACUGUAAUGCGUCUAUUAUAUUAUUUACCUGGAGUGUAAACCGACUAAUGACCGUUUGGGCAAUACCGCAGGGUUCAUAAAUUUCAAUUUUUCACAGUAGUAGGUACUUCUUUCAUAUUUUUUUUUUUUUUUUCAAAUAUUACAAAAUAACAAUAAAAUAAUUAUUAUUAUUCUAACAUAAUUAAAUAUAUGAUUAGAUUUAAGAAUUCAAAAAAUCGAUUCCUUUAAUUAUAAAUAUCUGACAAAAGUAUAUUUGUUUAUUUUUUGCCAAUAUUACAUAGGUACUCGUGUUAUAUUACAAUAUUCGCUGUGCUCGGUAAUAAUUUGGAACUUACUUACCGUGAAAACUUUUAAUUUAUAGACACUGCGGUUUUGUCCAAAUGAGGUUGGUCACUACUAGUUUUAUCCGCGCAAUAGUCGUAAAAUGAUUUCUCAGGUUUAUCCUAUUUCGACUUUUGUUUGUAACAUAAAAAAAAACGUGUUUUAGUGUUUUAGUUUUGCAUAUCUAAAAAGUGGGGCAACUCUGCUCGUGAGCGGGCCAUUGUUGUAGGUGAGAAUUUGGGAAGAUAGUAAAGGGAAAAUUUAAUGUAUAUCUAUAAGCAACUAUAAACCAUUGCUAACGGAUCUGAAUGCCGAGUGGAGUUCAGUUGAUAGUGUUGCUUCAUGCACGUUAUAUUGUGGUAAAAUAAUUACAUGGGCAAAAUAUAUUUCCUUUAAUAAUAUUUGUUUAAUAUUGUAUCUAUCUUCCUGGUUAACUCCACUCAGAAUUGUUUUUUUCGUUAGCAAUGGUUUGGUUCUUGCAUAUAGAUAUACAUCAAAUUCCCUUCUGUGUCUUACCUUCCACCUUCAACUUAUCACCUAUAACAGUGGCUGCACAUACGUGCGAAGUAUGUCCGUCUUUUUCAACUAAUACAUACAUUUCGUAUAUUUUCCCGUUUUUCUUCCGUUUUUUUCUAAUUUUUGCAAAAGUUUCUGCUCAAUCCGUUUAGUAUUUUGGGGAAAAUAUGAAAACAAACAUACAUCCAUUCACACAAACAUUAAAAACUUUCGCAUUAUAUCCAUAAUACCAAUAAGACAUAUUAUUUUUCGGUACAUUUAGACACUUCUGGCGGUCCCUCUGGAUCAAUAUAGAUCGAACUCGGACAUUUUUUUUAUAGUUAGACUGAAAAUUUUACUGAAUGAUUUGGUUGAAUUACAGUAUGAACUUCACCGUGUUGUCGUCGCGGGAGGAGAGUGGUUUUUUACCUUUGCUUUUUACCUAUAGACCUUUCAAAUGAAGCCCCCUGGGUGCAAUUUUGUAUAUGCAUGGCGUAAACGUCAAAGAUGUGCCUUUUGGUGGUAUCAAUAUUUAUUCCCUCUUCAACCAUUUUUAUGCUCAGAUUUCCCAGGUUUUAAUCACUCUUACAGACUUACGAAAGUAAGUAAUUUGGUUAAAAUAUGUAUAUAUAAAUAGUAUUGAAGGAAGAUGUGACUGCAGUCUGUUGUAGUUUUGACUUCCAAUCCCCGACUCCACCGUAUGUUAGGCUGCUAGCAAAAUUUACCAAAACUAGAUCGCCUAUUUCGAUAACACUUUUUGUUUAACUUAUUAAAAAAAUAUAGAAUUACUGAUUCAAGUAGUUUCGGGUUAAGCCAUCUUCAGGUUAUAAAAAUAAAAUAAAGAACUUUCUGAAUAAAAUUAAAAUAUGAAAAAAAAGAUUACCAUUUAGGAGGGUAGAAGUGGUUAAUAGGCGUCAAUAUUAAAUACAAAUUAUAAAUAAAUACUAAUUCGGAUAAUAAUUUAGAUUAAUUAUAAAAAAAAAGACGCCCUAGGAUAAUGGAGGCGGGUGCGGCCACUGUUAUAGGUAAUUUAAUGUACAUCUGUAAGCAACAAUAAGCCAUUGAUAACGAAAAAACGAUUCUGAGCGCAGUUCAGUUGAUAGUGAUGUUUUAUCAACAAUAUAUAUGUAAUAUUAUGGUAAAACAAUUAAAUAGGUAUUAUAUAUUUUCUUUAAUAAUAUUUGUUUAAUAUUUUACCGAUUUUCUCGGUUUUUGGUAUUUGCUAGGAAAACUCUUGGGAAAAUCGAGAAAUGUUUUUUACUACAAAGUAGUAAAAUGAAGACUCAAUGAACCUUUUUUUACAUUUUGUAGCAUUUUUGUUCAAGUCAACAAUUUUACCACAGAGUAUCUACCGAAUAAAAAUUACGUACAAAACUUUUAAAAUUACAAUGUUUAUAAAUACCUCAAAAAUGGCUCGAAAAUUUUAUCUAGUUCAGAAAAGGCAAAUAUGAGUUUUCUGUUCAAAUUUCAAGUCUCUACGAAUAUUUUAAACUAAAUUGCAACAAAUAACAAAAUCGAAAAACAACAAAAGCAUUAUUUUCGUGAAUUUCUCGUUUUUCUUUCGUUUUUCCUGGUUUUUCCCAAAAUUAUGAAAACCGCAUGGAAAAUUAAAAAAUGACCUAAAAGUACCAUCUGGACAACAUCCCCUUUCAGAAAUAGUGCCGCGCGUAAAUAUCUGAGCAAGAUUUCUGAUAUAAUUUGUUUACACAGUAUAAAAAAAGAAAACAAACAUCUAAGUAAAACCAAUAUAUUUUUCGCUACACUCAGAAUCUAAAAAAAAAAAAUAAAAUAUAUGAAAUACUAUAACGACAAUUGAAUUAGCUGAGAGAAAACUCUAUUCUAAUACGGAGUUCUGCCGCUCAUGAUUUCUUUUCGCGUAUGUUUUUUAUUCAGGUCUUCGUCAAUGAACGCCAUAUUAUAAUAUCCACUCGUUCGUUUAAAAUAAAACAAUAUAGUAGUGACUAUUCUACAUAACUACAGUAAUGCGGUUACAAUAAAAAAAAAAAAAAAAAACAUCGCGACCGAUGACCGGUUUAUUAAUAUUCUGUCUAAGCGUUUCAAAAAGGCGUUUGUCGACCGCGCCAGAAUCGAUUUAUAAUGUAUACGUAUAUACAGUGUGUGUCCGAAAGGAUUUGUUAAUUUCCUACGUAAUUAUCGAAUGAGAAGUAGUGAAAUCAGCUCACACUCUGUGUACAAUCGAUUUCGGCGCCGGUGUUUAUGCGAGCAGUACAUUAUAAUAUUAUACUUAGAUUAAUUUUGCGCCGGUCUGUAGUGAUUCAUUAACGAUUUUUUUUUUUUUUUUUUUGUAUUUUGAAACGGCGUACGCCACCGCCGCCGCCGCCGUCGCGUCGUUGACGAUUAUAUUACGAUUCAAUUACUGUCAAUUUGCCGUCGGUUAUGUUGCGGCCUUGAGACCCGUUUAGUGUGUUACGAGAGUUCGGUUUUGAUUCGGGAAAAAAGUUGAAUACGCACUUUUGCCGCCGAUCAAUUUGGCGUCCGAUUUUCACCGUUAGUUUGACGUCAGUAUUGUCAGUGUAGUAUUCCCUCCCGGCACAACAAAAGCACUCGACGGUGUUAUAUGUCGAACAAAAAAACACUGUUUCCGGCGUUAACGAUUUCAAUAGUGAACAACUAUUACGACACGUCGUCCGUAACAUACAUAGUUAGGGUUAGGUAAAUGAUUAAAUAUUCGCGAAAAAAAUAAAAGAGUCGAUACUGGGGACGGGAGUGGCCACUGUUGUAGGUGACAAGUUGAGAAGGUAGGAUACAUAAGGUUGUUUCAAUUAUAUCCGUAAGCAACGAUAAACCAUUGCUUGACGAAAGACGACUCCGAGCCCAGUUCGGUAAUACAUAACUUGAUGUGCCGUAAUUUGUUUUAUGAUUUUCGUUUAAAUUUGAUUUCAAAAUGUUUUUUAAAAAAAAAAUAAAAAGCUGUUCGGUGAUUUUGGAAAUUUUACCACCUCCAAUAUAAGUAUUGUUACCAUGUCUCAAGUCUCUACGUGUAUAUAUAAUCGAAUUAUAGCAAAAAAAAAGCCCAAAAAUUAAAAUUCAUUAAAAGCUCCAAAGUUUUGGCGUUGACACCGUAAGAAAGUAAAUCAAAAAGGCAACAAAAAAGGUAUCUUGUGAUUUUUCCAUUAAAUUAUUUUUUUCUGGUAGAAAACGUCGUCCGUAUUUUUAUAAAAUAAUGAAAUCGUGAUAUUGUACGUUUUCCUACGUUUUUUUCCCAUGUAAGUGCUUUUAUUUAAAAAAUGGUAUCGAAAAUCAAAAAAAUGAUAUUUUUAAAGUAAAAUCUAGACAGCUUGAGCUUUUAGAAAAUGUGCUACACUUAUACAUCGGAGCAAGUUUAUUAGGAAAAUACGUGUCAACAGACUAGAAAAAAAAAAGGAAUAAACAUCUUAGUAAAACCAAUAGCUCUCUGAAAUCAGAAAAAAACAAUUUUGAAAUUUGAAUAUAGUUUAUAUAUAAUCACCGAGAAACGAAUUUAUAUCUAAGGAUUUAUGUAAUAGAACAAUCUAAAGAAAUAUACAGACUGUUGUUGGCCCGGCGUUAUAAACAAAAUUAAUCAACAAAAUAUUUGGAAGAAAACAAACACGGCAACGUAUACAAACAUAAAAUAAUAUUAUAUAGGUCGUAAUAUUAUAUAGGUCAAUCGCGUGGGAAUUACUUUCUGGCAGUUUUUAUGUUUACUUCGAUAGAGACAUUAAAUUAUUUUUUUUAUAUUCCACGUGGUCUACAACACUUGUUAUCUUGACUCUGCAGAGCAGAUGAUUUUUUUUAUUGAUUUUUUUUUUUCGAAUUUCGUGUAAAAUCGACUCAGGUACACAAUGUAUGUUAACAAUCCGAAUGGAAAUCGUUAUUAGGGGGAAGGUGUAAACAAAGUGUGCUAUGCGAUUUAAUAUUAUCCUAUUUAGAGUUUUUUGAAACGGUAAUGAGCUUUAAAGAAAAAAAAAAAAAAUUAUAAUUUUACGCAAAGAAGGUCUUGGUAUCGUAUUAUAGUUACUAUAAAAAUUGAAACGCGUACCUAUAUAUAACAGUGGAUAUUCGGACGGCUGUAUCAGUAUCGUAUAGUUAUCACAACGUGAUAAUGCAGAACGUGUUAAUGUUGGGUUACAGAAGAACGACCGUUUAAACAAGAACAACAAAAUCAAUCCGUGAAUUGACGCACUGCAAGCGUAGAGUAUAGAUAAUACACAGUGUACUAUCUAAGAUACAACUGUAUAGGAUAUUCAAACGCGUCAUCAUCGUGUAGUUAUAAUAUAUUCGUCGAUCCGAUGGCAUUUUUUUCCCCGCAACUUUGAUUUUCGUUUUAUCGGCGUUCUAUAAAAGAACGGAAACCCGAUUAGAGGGCGAAAAAUCCAAAGGAGUGAUUAACUAAUCUCACCAAAUCAAACCAACUAACCUAACCAAACUCGUCUUCUUCCUUUUCACCUUUGUUCCUCGCAAGUGUAGGGUUAUCCUGUUUUCUUAUCGUUUUUUGUAUAGAACAAAAUUUCUGGUAGAAAAAUUGUCAUACUUGCAUCAUAGUAAAACUAAUAUAUUCCUCGUUGCUCUGAAAAUCUAAAAUAUGAUCACGUACAUCGUAUUUUAACCGAGGUAUGAUUGAAAGUUUCAAUUCUAGACUAGGUCUAUACUCAGAUGUCGGGUGGGCUAGGACACUCCGAUACGUGUCAAUAGACUUUGAAUGGUUAUGUUAAAAAUAUAAAAGAUAACCAACUUUUGGUUACGUUGUCCGAUCAUUAGGAAUGGACUAUUAUUAUUGACCGUUACUUAUUAGUUCGUCGAUGUUUUCAGAGAGAAGAAUCAAGAGAAAAGCGAAGCGGUGCACUUGAACGGUUUGGAUUAUUUCGAUCCGUUUCUCGAGAGAAACUUGGAACACCCGACCACGUGAGUCCAAAUUUAUUUAAUACGAUGAACGAUUUUACGCAAGAACGAUAAUCACGGUUUUUGUUUUCAUCUUUCUGUUUCCCGUAUAGCGAUGGCGAAACUUUGACUCACUUGCUCAAAGCGUCUCUUGGCACCGGUAUCUUGGCCAUGCCGCAGGCUUUCCAGUGUUCGGGACUCAUCGCUGGUGUAUUCGCUACUGUGUUCGUGUCGGUCGUGUGCACGUUCUGUUCGUAUUCACUGGUAAGUAUUUUCAUUGUGACACGUAAUAAUAUCACGUGCGCAUCAUAUUGUUUAAUGUUAUGCGUCGCCACACAUAAAUACCCAUCUAAUUACAUACCGUCACCAUGGUAAACGAUGCUAAAAAAUAAAUAUUUUGGGCAUGUGACGAGAAUAGUCGAGUCAGGGCGGCUCUAUGAGUGUACAUAUAGAGAUCGGGCGGAGAUUUAGGAUCAAGAUCGCUGAUCCCAAAUAUGUAGUCGAGAAAAGAAUCGAUGGGUAAAAUAAUAGAAAUUAAGACUACUACCUACCGUUACCGCGUAUCUGCAGUUUGCUUUUAACGAGAUUUUAAUAUGAAGACUUUCGAGUACUUUAAAUUCUCAAUUUUAUCGUUUUCUUUAUUAACAGUGAUACUGCAGUUGUUUUUGUUUAUUUUUUUUUUGAACUACAAAUGAUUUUUGCAUAGGUGAAAUGUGCCCACACGUUAUAUAGGCGGAAAAAAGUGACAAAGAUGAGCUACGCAGACGUGGCCGAAGUGGCGUUCGCCCAAGGACCCAAUUGGUCGAAAAGAUAUUCGUCUCUGACUCGGCAAAUGGUCCUCUGGCUGCUGUUCGUCACGUACUUCGGCACAUGCAGCGUGUACACGGUGAUUAUCGCUAAAAACUUCCAACAAGUGAUCUCGCACCACGUCCGGGACACUCCAGAAAUGGACGUCCGUGUCUACAUAGCUAUGCUGCUCAUACCACUCAUACUGCUCAGCUACGUGCCCAACCUUAAGUACCUGGCGCCCGUGUCUAUGGUAGCCAACGUCCUGAUGGCCCUGGGUCUCGGUAUCACGUUCUACUAUUUGCUCCAUGACAUACCCAGUAUCUCAGAAAGACCGGCAGUCGCGUCCGUGGACACGUUCCCUACAUUUUUCUGUCUGACCGUGUUCGCAAUGGAAGCUAUCGGAGUGGUACGUAUAUACACUUGUGAAGUGAUCACAAAUUCCCAAUGCGUAUUCAAUAGCCUUGUUUUAACGAUUUUUAUCUAGUUUUAUUUAAAAAAUGUCACAAAUCCUAAUUUGAUAUCUAAAAUUUUUAUUCCAUGGAUUUACAAAACAAAAUCUAUGGUCAAGAUGAAAUAUAUUUUGUUGCUCCCUAUUUUCCCCGAGAAAUAUUUCUGUGGGCGGUCUUGUUACGUGGUUAAUAUCUUAAAUGCAUCACUCUAUUCACGCGAUUUUUGCGUUUAACAAUUCCUCCAGGUAUUAAUUUUUGUGUACUUAAUUUAAUACUGAGGGGUAAAAAGAAACCAUACAGUAUCUCGUUUUAACUGCCUAUUAGAUGUUUGCUAUUUCAUGAAAUAUUACACACCAGGGCUGGAUUUAGGUAUGGGAUAGCUUUUAGAGAGAAUACAGAGUGUCUCAUGAUGACCUGACCCUUAAAAUAACUUUUGUUCUAUACAAUAAUUUUAAUACAUUUAUAAUAUAUAUUUUUAAACUAUUAGUAUGCCUCUGCUCUACAGUUAAUGUAUUAAAUAUUAUUUUACUUAGGUGUGAGACCUGUAAAAUAAAAAAAAAAUUAAAAUUUUACUAUAAAAAUUUGAAAUUGAUUUUUAGAAAAAUGUUGGUGUUAAAACUUUUGUUUAGGUUUAGUAUUUUAUUUUCUAAAUUUUUUGAAGUUUUUAAAGAAUAUGUGAAUAUUAUUGUGGUUUAUGAUUAAUAACCACAGUCCGCUGACCAUGAUAAUAUUUUUGUACGAUAUUAAUUCAUAAACAUGGAAAUCCUUCUUAUUUGAUGUGUUCUGACUAAUGAAUAAAUAUAAUAAAAGACUAUAAACUACAAUAAUAAUUACGUUUGCAAAAUUUCAAAACAAUUGUAGAAUAUAAAAGACUAUACUUAGACAAAAGUUUCAAUAACCAACAAUUUUCUAAAAAUCUUUUUUUGAGUUUUAUUAAAAAAGUUCUGGUAAAAUUUUAAAUUGUUUAUUUUAAGUUAGUUCAUUAAAAAAAAAAAAAAAUAAUAAUAAAUUAAAUGUAGUACAAAGGCAUAGUAAUUCUUUUAAAAAAUAUAUUGAAUAGAAUAUGUUUUUUUUUUUUUAGUAUUUUUAUUGUAAAAUAUACAUAAUAUGAUACAUAUUAUUAAAAUGUUUACAAUAAAAUAACUACCUCAUUUAAGUGUAAUGCUUGUAAUGGAGGUUACAUUACAUAAUAAGACAAAAAAUACAAACUAAAAAUAAAAAUAAUACAAACUUAAUUAAGAACAAAAAGACAAAAUAUAAUAAAAAUUCAUUAGUUAUAUUCAAAAAUUUUUAACACACUUUACCAUACUUUGUAUUUAUAAUUUAAUUUCUUUUUAAACCAUUAGUGAAAAUAACCAUGCGUUAACUUGUUUAUUUUAUGCUCAUAAAUCUAAGAUUCUCAAUUGAGAAGAAUAUGAGUUUUUUUUAUAUGCAAUGGUAUUAAAUUGUAAUAAUUUGGACUUAAAUAAAAUCAAUACAUUUUUUACCAAACAUUUGAAUAAAUUACUUUAUUACUGUAUUGUACCUUACAUACAAACUUGACUGGUAACACAUUAGUCAGCUUAAACUUGUUUCUAGGUAGUUUUACGUAAACAGAUUCUAACAACAUUUUUUUAAAAUAUUUUUAGUGGUUUAACUGUGUAUUCACUUAGACCCCUUCAGACUAACAAACCAUACUGAAAUAUUGACUGGAAUAAAGAUAAAUAAAUUAUACGCAUUACUUGCACCGACAAAAAAGUCUGUAAUUCGAAAAAUACUAAAUGAUAAAGUACGCAUGUGCAUUACAAUAUUAUUCACAUGCAAAUUAAAUCUUAAAUUUUUAUCCUUUUUUAUACUAAUUUUUAUACUAAAAAUCGUAUACUAGAGACUGUAUAUUUUUCGACUUAUGCUGUCAUUAUAUUUAUCUUCACUGUUACAAAAACAGAAUUUUAAAUCAUCAUCAUUUGUUCUCAUCCUUAUUAAUUGAAAAAUUCAUAAAAUUAAUUUUUUUAUAGUUUAUUGAGAGUUUCCUAUAGUUUAGAUAAUAAAAUUGAUCUAAAACUUUUUUAAAUUCAAUAGCAGUUUUUAAACGAACUUUAUCCCACAUAACUUUGGAAAACAAUAGACAUGUAUCGUCAGUAUAAGUAAUGAUUUGUCCGUUAAUUUUUAAAUCAUAUAUGAAAUUAAUAUAUAAUAUGAACAAUAACGAGCCCAAAACACUACCAUACAGUACUCCAUAAUUAAUAUCCAUUUCUUCGCCUGUAAUGUUAUUAAUUUGCAAUGAUUGUUUCCUGUUAUUUAAAUAACUUUUAAACCAUAUUAAAUUUCUAUUUUAUAUACCAAAACUAGGUAAAAUGUUUAAAGUUCAAGAUAAUUAACAGUGUCAACGGCUUAGAUCUAAAAAUAUUGCCAUUGAUUUUUUGCUAUUGCCAAACGCAUCAUAUAAGUAUUUACUGGUAUUAUACAGAGCAUUUUCUGUACCCAACCCAGGUCUAAAACCAAAUUGGUUUUUAAACAAUAAACUGUUCUUUUCUAAAACCUCUACUAAUCUAAACUUAAUUAUUUUCUCUAAUAUUUUUGGUAAAUUGCUAUUCAUUGAAAUCGGUCUAUAAUUAGUAUUUACUGGUUGUAUCCACAUUUUUAAAUAAAGAUUUAAUAAUUGCAAGUUUAAGUUUAUCUGAAUAUGUACAUUCAGAAAUACUUAAGUUAUAAAUAUAUGUUAAAGGUUCAAUGAUAUUUGCAUAUAUAGCCUUUAGAAUUUGCAUCAAUACUCCAUCAGAACCUGCCUGAAAUUUUAAGUGUAAUUUCAUUGUGGGACACUGUAUAUUGCCCCAAAUAAAUAAACAGCUAGGAUCAGGAAACCACAUAUUUUUUUUUUAUAAAUUAACAUUUUAUUUUUUGUACUUACUGCAUAUUUAAAUCUGGUAAUCUAGUAAUAUUCUAUCAUAUAUAAUUGCAUUGUACAAAUGAUAUUAUUUAAAUAUUUGUGUGUCAUUUUGACAUAGAUUAAUACAGUUAGUUUAAUUAGUAUAAUUAACUCAUUUAUUACAUAGAAAAAGAUGUCCUAGGAUAAUGGAGACGAGUGCAGCCACUGUUAUAGAUAAUUUAAUGAAUACCUGUAAGCAACGAUAAACCAUUGCUGACAAAAAAAAGAUUUUAAGCGCAGUUCAGUUGAUAGUGAUGCUUUAUCAAUAAUAUAUAUGUCAUAUUAUAGAAAAAUAAUUAAAUAGGCUUUAAAUAUUUUUUUUUUAAUAAUAUUGGUUUAAUUUUAUACCGAUUCCCCCGGUUUUCCUACAUUUUUCCAGUUUGAUCAUGUUUUAUUCCAGUUUUUCACAUUUACUGAGAAAAGUUGUGCAUAGAAAAAAAAACAAAUAGUAAUACUUUUCGUACAUUUUCUUGUUUUUUUUUCGGUUUUUCAAAGAAAAUAGAAAAAUAACCCCCCUAAAGUUCCUAUCCACAUUGAUUUCCUUUCAGUAAAGGUGCUACAAUUAGAAAUCCGAGCAAGUCUUUUGGUAAAAAAGUUGUUAAAAAAAAAUAAACUUCUUUAUGAAACCUUUCAUAGCCAUGGCUAUGGUACAGCUUCUUUUCUCCACUCAGAAUCUAUGAAGUUCCAUUAUAUCAUAAUUUUAAAUAUGAUUAAAUUCAAAUUAAAUUAAUAUUCAUAUAUUUGCCAUUUAAUAAUUACAAAACUGUGGGGAGACCCUUUGGUUGUAACUCAUUCAGUCUCUCCAAAUCUAACCUUGUUUCUCAUCAGUUAGAAAAAGAUCUGUUGUGUAUAUAAUAUAAGCAAGUCUAUUGAGUACUAAAGUCCGCACGUGUACAUUGCAGGUGAUGCCACUGGAAAACAACAUGAAGACGCCAAAACACUUUUUGGGAGUUUUUGGGGUAUUAAACAUAGGCAUGGGUGGCGUUACCAUCAUAUACACGCUGCUUGGUUUCUUAGGCUACUUGAAAUACGGUGAUGAAACGAACGCUAGCAUAACGCUCAACCUUCCCACCGGAGACAUGUAAGUUUAUUGUACCAUUUAAAAUCGAAUAGUCCACACAUACUUAUGAGGUACUACCUAAUAGUAGUAACUUAAAUUUGUUAUUGUCUAAAUCAUUUUCAUUUACACUUUAAUAUUUUCAUUAUUUAUUAAAGUUAUAAAUUAUUUCGAACUUUUAGAAGAACUUGGAACACAACAAAACAAAAAAAAAAAUAAUGAUUUGUUUUCACUAAUUCCAUAUUUGUAGUAUUGUUUACUUCAAUAAAAUAAAUCUACUCGAUAAUAAUAAAUUAUAGCAAUGAUAAUUGACGUGUGUUUGUUGUGUUUCAUCAGUGCUGCCCAGAUGGCCAAAGUGUUCAUCAGUCUUGCCGUGUUCUGCACAUAUGGAUUACAGUUUUUUGUGUGCUUGGAAAUCGCGUGGGCCAAAAUCAUGGAAAACUACGAAAAAGUUAAUACUUUUCACAAUUACAUAUUGAGGACUAUCAUGGUUACACUUUCUGGUGAGUAUCAGUGCCAUAAAAUGCGAGUGUGUUGUGAUAAUUACAACUGUACAUAAAAUAUAUCGAUUUUGUUUUGCUGUGUUUUGCAGUGGUGAUCGCCAUAGCUGUACCAACUAUAAGUCCAUUUAUCGGGCUCAUCGGCGCUUUCUGUUUUUCAUUGCUCGGUAUAAUCAUGCCAGUAGCUAUCGAGUUUGCCACUUAUUGGGACAAUGUGACUGUGUGGAUGACCAUAAGAAACGUGGUUCUCAUUGCUGUCGGCAUUCUAGCAUUGGUAUUCGGCACGGCCAGCAGCGUCACGGAAAUACUAGAAAUGUAUGGACCUGAAAAGGCCAAGACGAUAAUAUCCAAUGCCACUGCAGCCGCUCUAUGAUAAAACAGCUCCUCAAAACAGACUUAUAGUGUCUCGCCAGGUGGCGAUCACACUGAAUACAGUAUUCAAACAGUUAUUAUAUUAUUAUUACUUUCGAAGAGAAAUGUCUGUAUAUUUCUUUCGUGUAUGAAAAGUAAAAUGAAUAAGCACUCGCACAGCGACAUUAUUUUUUUGUUUUUACUAUUUUUUUCAUAAUGUAAGUUGUAUUAAACAACAAUAAUAAUACUAUAAUAUUAUUAUUUUUGUAUAAUUUUAUUUAACUGUAUUUAAUCAUAAGGUUUUAUAAUAUAAGUAUUAAGUUAUAUUUUUAAAUACAAUAAUUUUUAUUUAUAUGUAUGCGAAUAUAAUACGAUUAUAAUAUAAUGAUUAAUUCUUUUUAUACAUAAUGAUAGUAAUAAAAAUAUAUUUAUGUCCUAAAAGACUAGAUAUUUUGUUUAUAUAGAAGGAAAAACAAUCAUAUUUUUGUAUAAUAAUAUGAAAUAAUUAAAAAUGUGCUCAUUAUAAAAUUGAUAAAAAAUAAAAAAAAAUAUAUGAUUAACUAGUUUUGUGAGUAGUUUAACAUCUUCAGACCUUUAAUUCGAGUAUCGAUACCGUUUAGCGCCUCCAACAUAGGAAAAAGUUCAGUCAUCAGUCCGUUGGUGACGCUUACCAGAUCUUCUUCCGU